GGCGCAGAGCUCGCUCAGCUCUUCAAUUCAUUUCUUCCUUUCUUCUCUGCUCGGCGUUUGCUGCUGCUGCUGCUUCGCCUUUCUCGGUCCUCCCCCUAUUUGGAGCGCGACGCGGAGUUCUCGUGUUGCAGCGGCGGCGGCGGCAGCAGCAGGAGCCUCGCCUUCUGUGGGUGGCAUUGCAAGGCCGGAUUGGAGAAGUGGGGGGGGGGGGGGUUGUGCCGAACGACGUUUGCUCGCGGCUUGUUCGGGGUGGGGGCCGCCGCUACAAGCCUUUGAGGAUUUGCCUCCUUUGAAGAAGCGACCUCCCCUCCCCCCUCUCCCCCCCCCCUCCCGCUCUCUUCGCCUCCAUGACCGCGGCGACCCCGUCUGGAUCCGGCUGCGCUUUCUUGCGACGGGGAGGACCGUGGGAAGGAGAACAAGGGACGGAGCCCGUCUGACUCGGCUCCGCGCGCGCGGAGAGGAUCUUGGUGGAGUUACUGCGAAGGAGAGAGAGCCCCCCCCCCACCGAAAAACAACAACAAUCCGGGCUUUGUUUUUCUUCUUCGUGUGGUUUUCUUGUCUCCCUGCGAGCGAGCGAGGAGGAAAUCGUUGCAGCCCCGGCGGCCAGGGAAAGAGCAGCCGGGAGGAUUUGCAAGGAAGUAUCGCCCCCCGCUUCCAACACUCCGCGGCGUUUGUCUCGUCUCCUGCUCUGCCCGAGGGAGCUUUUUCUGGUGGAUCUGCUAACAAAAAGGAAAGCCCAGCCGUCCGCCGGCUUCGGAGUAGCUGUGGAUUGUGCGUGUGAACGCGCGCUUGGGUGUAUACCAACGGAGGGGUGCCGUUGUUCGAGGGAGGCGAUCGUCUCUUGCCUUCUUCCUCGAGCGGCGGCGGGGGAGCCUUUCCGAGCCCGGGGAGGGGGGUAGGAUGCCCGGAAGGGGCGGCGGCUCCCCCUCGCCCGCCAUCGCCGCUGCCCACCCGGGGGAAGCCCGGCCGUCGUCGUCGCUGCUGCUGCUGCUGCGCUCGGAGGACGAGGAGGAGGCGCGUCAGUCUCCCGGCCGUGGCGGCGGCGGCUGCUGAAGCGCCCGCGCUCGCCUCCUUUGUCCAGGCUCCGGAGGGACCGUCGCUCCGAUCGCGGGGCCGGCCAUGUAUCCCCAAGGGAGGCACCCGGUGAGUAGGUGGCGGAGUCGAGGGAGGGGGUGGAGGCAGGGAGGGAGGCGCCCUGCUCGGCCUUCCCGUGGCCUUUGAUCCGGAUCGCGGCCCUGGGGGCUUGAGCCGCGUGUAAACGGAGCAGCGCCCCUUGGGGCCCGCUUGGGAACUCACCCUUUUGGGGGGUGGGGUUUGUCGUGGUGCUCUUUCCCCCCUCCCCCCAUACACUUCCAUGCACUCCCCCCUUCACUUUUCCCUCCAGCAAGCCCGCGUGCAUAUGUGGGGCUGGGGGGGGGGGAGGAAUGGGAGCAUCGAGCCCCCUGCUAGUGGUGUCACAGAGAACUUACUGCUUUAAAAAAAUUGUGGGGGGGUCCUUGUUUAUAUUUUUGGUUAAUUGUGCAGCACCCCCUUUUAAUUGGGGGAGCUGUAGGCGGAGCCUGGUGUCAUAAGACUAGAUUUUUAUCAACUUCUUUUUAUGUAGGCUUUUUGGGGGGCAAGGAUUUGGGGGAGAUUUAGCAUGUAACUUGCACUUCUCCCCCAGUCCUGUGGGAGGCAUUUUGGGUGCCCACAGCUGGGGUGUGUGUGUGUUAAUGAUGGGCUUGCUGCCCCAGAGAAAUUACUGAUAAACCGGGGGGGGGGGCUGUCUUCUCCCCUUUCCAGGCACCCCACCAGCCUGGCCAGCCAGGCUUCAAAUUCACCGUUGCCGAAUCCUGCGACAGGAUUAAGGACGAGUUCCAGUUCCUGCAGGCUCAGUACCACAGGUAACCUUUCUCUGGCUCCUUCCUCCCACCUUGCAAAGGUGAAAGGCUUAUUAAUCCUAACAGAUGCUGAAGGGUUAAAAGAGCAGGCGGUCUGGAGUGUCUUAGAAACCACAGAGCUGGCUGACAUCCAGGCUGCUUAUUGUUCUCUACUCUCUGUCAACUUGGGGCUCACUCCCCCCCUUUCACUUUCCUUAAGAACAUUUGGGGGAGUUUCCAGAAAGGAGUUUUGCAGCCCUGUCUGCUAAGAACAUCCAUUUAUUUCCUGCACGUUGUCUUUGCUAGUUAGUAGCUGUUUAGCUGAAGAAAACAACCCCCUUGCCUUCAGAUGUGUUCCUCUUCCCCAAUGCUUGCUAAGCUGUUUUGAUUGCAAGGAACACCCCAAGUGGUACCAUCAAGCACUCUUAAGGUUCCUUACUUGCAGUCCAAUCCCAUCUAGGUUUUCUUGGGAGUCAGUCCCAUUUAUUUUAGGGGGGAUUUACUCUCAGAUAAGAGGCAGUCCCAAGCAGGCUUCCAUAGAAAGCCUGCUGGCACACAGUCAGAGGCUGUGUGUUUAACACCAAAAGUAAAUUGGGCAUGUUAUUUCAGAGCUGAGAGUUUUAAUCUGCACAGCUUCUAGGCAUUUUUGGGAGGAUUUGCUAAGAAGAUCCCAAAUUUUCAUGCUAAUCCCCCCCUACCUUUCCACCUCAAUAUCAACUCUCUGGCUUUUAAUUUGCUGACAUCAUUAAGAGGUUCAAGACAGGUCCCUUUCCAGGUUCUGUAAUUGAAGCUCUGACGGUAAGGCAUAAAAAAAUCAAGCCUAUUUCUUCAGAUUUUUUUGCAACUCAUCUGUCAGAAAAAGGCUGCCUUUUCACUGGGGGUACCUCUGAUUUAAAAUACUUCAUCACAAUCUCCAGUAAAUAAACGAACAAAUGCCACUCAUUGGCAGUGUAUAUAAUUCAGGCUCUGCUGAAUUUCCAGUGACACUUUGUUCAUUAAAAAAAAAAAAUCUAGUAAGUCUCUUGCCUCACAAGAGCUGUGCUUCACUCACCUGUAGCCUUGUGACUCUGUUUUGAAUCGGCUCUGUGAAGGAUCAAGUGUCUUGGAGCAUAUGCAGAGUGCAUCCUUUUUCAUAGUUUGCAUGUCUGUAGAGUUAAUGGGGAAGGAAGGGUUUCUGGGUGAAAAGGUGUGACUUCCAGGUUCCCUUUCCUUGACUCUCCCCUCACCCCACCCUGCCCGUCUUGUUAGCAACUUGAGUGUUUCUGGGACUUCUGAGUUGUGACGGGUACCCUCUCUCUUUUUCUUUUCUAGUCUUAAAGUAGAGUACGACAAGCUUGCGAAUGAAAAGACAGAGAUGCAGCGCCACUACGUGAUGGUAAGAGAGACUCUUCGAUGGCGACUGUUUUCCUGGGGAAAACCGGACCUCUCUGACCCAGACUGGGUCACUUGGAGUUGUAACCCAAAACAUUGGGUGGAAGGCUUCUUUCAGAACUCACGGGGUCUCAUAUGAGGUUCCUGUCCCAUUCCGCUCCACAAACACUUUUCUACCUGUCCACCUUUGUGUGCCCUUGUGCUUUCAGGGAAGCACUUUAACACACCUGGCUAAAUGGCCCAUGUCCAUAGGAUUUUCUUAGGCAGUCCUGAGCGCUUUCUGCUCUUCUAUGGAAUAUUCCGCUAACAUGAAAGGUUUUUCCAUAUCUGAAAAAUAAUAGCUGUUGGCUCCCUGCGGACAUAUGUGAACAACCACAGUGUUUAUAAGCCCUUGGUGGUAUGGUGGGUGCCCAACCUGGGCUUUUGCUUCUUUGCCGCAGGAAACUCCCCGAAAAAACCCACAACCCCAGGAAGUGCCUUGAUUCAGCUCCUCGCGAGUUAACUCAGCCCAGCUGUAGCCAGUGCAGCCUCCCCAGUGGGAUUUGAGUCCCCAUAGCUGUGUAAAUGCCUAAUCGCUGCGGUGUGUGGUCAGUUGUUGCUUUUGCUACAGGAAAGACUUUCCCGGGAAGUGGUCCUUGCAGUUGCUAAUAAUCCCUGUGGUUGUGGCAGCUCUGGGAAUGCCAGAGGUUAAUAACCCUGGCAGAACCAGGUAUUGGGGAAUGGCUGUCAGAAACUGAUCGGCCGUACGCAGCUCAAAGGCAUUUAAAGGGUCCUUUUUUGCGGUAAAUGUGAUGGAUUGGCUCUUGCUGGCUAGAUGGCAGAAUAGUUGAGUUGAGUGACUAUUCACCAUGUUACUCCUUCCAGGCAUGGUUGGGUCUGACCUCAGUGGGAGCCUCAUGAGCACACCAGAUGCCCAAAUGAGGUUUUGCCCCCCCUUCUGCCUCCCCCCCCCCAAAAACCCCUGGGUUUGUAAUGCAAGGCUGCAGGGGACUUGGAUCAAGGGCAUCUCGUUUUCUCAGCUGGGUUCUCACUGAGGUGGUCUAGCCUGCACAUUUUAAAAGAGCAGCAGACAUUCUUGUAUGUAGAACACCCGGGCAAAGGGGUCUAGAUCCAGUUUCUCUUUCACUUGCUGGUUUCAUAUUUGGAGGAGGUUGAAGCCUGUGAGACACACACACACACAUCCGAGGAAAGUGGUACAGUCCUGAAACAGGUUGACCACUUCUGGUGCGUCUGCGGCCUCCAAAAUGUCCCCCUUUCCUCCUGUAGCUGGCGCACGUCAAAUGAUAGAUUGUGGGCCCCCCUGUAACAAAUGCAGCUCAUAGGUGGUUAUACUCAGAAAUAAGACCCACAAUGUUCACUGGAUUUUGCUCCUGGGGAGAUGUGCUAUGUGGGCAGCAACUCCCAUCACCCUUCUCCACUGGCUGUGCUGUGGACUAACACAUCUGGAGAAGUCCGGAUUGGCUGUGCUCUUCUCAGUUGCAUUUAGCACAGAGUGCAAUUGGUCCUACCUCCUUUGUGCGUAUAACAGAUAUACAUGCCCCCGGCUUAGCAUGCAUGCAGCCAGUCCCUGGUGUAUUGAAAGGGCUUGAGAGCUACUGUGGUGUAGUGGUUAGAGUGUUGGAAUAGGACCUGGGAGACUGGGUUCAACUCCUCACUCAGCUCUGAAGCCAGUCAUGGGCCUCUCAGGCUAACCUACCUCACAGGGUUGUUGUUGAGAGGGAGAACCUUGAGUUCUUUGGAGGAUAAGGUGUAUAAAUGCAAUAAACUCAAUAAAUUGUAAACCUCACAACAAUCUGAGAAGGGAGUUGAGUGGUAUUAUGUCAAAUUGUCUGUGCAUCAGGGUGUGGGUGAGAGAGCAUGUCUAAAGCAAUGCAGUGAAUUCCUGGUGUGUUGCCCCAUCCUCAGCUGCUGUGCAGCACAACCUUUAAUUAACAAUUAAAAACAUUGUGUUCAUCAAUGUAGGACACUUGGAUCCCGGCAGAGCCCUUUUGGACGUAGGCCUUCCUGGUCAAAGGUAGCGGGUUUUCUCAAUCCCGCUUUUUGAAAUCCCUUAAUGACAGGUGCUGCUUAUCAAAUAAGCGCCUUUCUGCAUGUGUGGUGUGUUACACCCUUGAGCUGUGAUGUUGAGCGCAGCGCAGAAAUAGCUCAAGAUGUCUCCCCAGAGCCUGUGUGGGUUGUCUUGCAUCCAGGAGACAGAGAGCACGCAGUUCACGACUAGAGCUCUCCUAAGCAGCUUUCGGAGAAGAGGCAGGCGUGUCAAAGCAUUGUCAUCUUGUUAAAGAUAUGUCAAGCAGGGCGGACACUCUGUGGCUGCAGCCGUUUCUUGGGCUCCUGCAAAGCGAUGGCAAACCUUUCUUUUCUCCUCCUGCUUCGCUUUGAGAUACUGGGUACCAUAUUCAGGAUGCUUCCAAACAUUUAUUGCAUGAUUAAUGAAGAUCUCUCUCCCCCCUUUUUUUCUCUUUUUCAGUACUAUGAAAUGUCUUAUGGCUUGAACAUUGAAAUGCACAAGCAGGUGAGUGUCUUUGCUUACUAUGUCCCUGUUCAGUGGUCUGUUGCCUUUCCCCUCCCUCUCUUCGGCUACUUCAGGAACAAGGCUUGGGGGAUAGAGAGCAUUAAGCUGUUGCCAGGGAGAUUUGUGCGAAAAUCAGGGCACUGCAAAUGUUGCCCCCUUGGACUCAAUUCAGAAUGACUUGUGGGAGGUGAAGAGGUGUGCACGACGGUGGCGUUUAUUUGGCGUUUCAAAUUCCUUUGUUUUCGUUGGGCUUUGGAGUUGUGGAACUCUGACCCUUUCGCAACUGUGGUUUUGAGCAAAUACUUGUGUUUUUGCGGUUGCUGUGUUGCACCAGAGCAGUCUUACUCCCUCCACCCCCCAUCUCUCAGCACAUCCACAUCCUGCCCCUUCUCCAACCAAGCUGCACUUUCCUCUUUUUCAACGCCCGUUUCUGUCACAUGACGUGUUGCAAUGCAUUGGUGACCUCACUGUUGUGGAGAUCCCAGGAUCGCAGAAGUAGUUUGUCUGCUGGCACCUUUGAAUGCACCAUGGCAGUGGGGUGCUGUUCACAUGGGAUCCUGGCAAAAGGAGAACUGUGGGGUUGGAGAGCACAUCAAGUCCAUCAGUUGACUGGCAGUGAUUGGGCUGUGGUCAAAAGUUGGAAGCAUUGACCUGUUUAACAUAACAGACUUUUAUAGCUACUGUAGUUUUGAUUUCUUUUAAAAAAUUCAUUUAAAAUAAAUAAAAACUGUAGCCUGGCUAUAGGUGUACCUGGGUGGGUAGAAACCAAACAGAAGAGUUCAAUGACCUACCUACUGCUCUCUUUUUUUGGAAACCUCACUGCGUGUUGCUUAAAUUUUGUUCCAGGAUAGCACAGGUGUUUUUUUUUUAAAGCAGCAAAGUAAUUAGCAGAAACCUGGAGCAUUUUGUGUUUAAAGUCACUUUUGUUGUUUUAAUGAAGUUGAUGCUUAAUGAAGUUGUCAAGCACCCAGGUCUUACUGAAAGUUGUAAUUAUCUCUUAGAACAUUGUCCAGGGGGGUGGGGGUGUUUGGAUGGUGCCCUCAGAAAGAUUGGAUUAUGGAAGUUGCUUUUCUAUUGUUGUAAGUUUAAUUUGGUAUAGUUAAUAGGUUUGUCCUUGUUUCAUAUGUGUACAUAGCUCUGUGAUGAUGAUGAUGUGAAGGGCAGUGUAUUAGUACUCCUCUAAAUAAAUGAGUGUUGAUAGAAAUGUACUUUGUAUAUGUUCAAGGGCACACUUUUUUGUUACAUAAUCUCACCGAAUGCCUGCUUCUUUAAAGAAGGGGCAGAGCCGAAAGGGAGUAGACAGUGGUACGUACAUAGGGAUGGAUAGAAGGCAGAUGAGACUGUGAAAGUGGUCAUGGAAUCCUAGAAUUGGAAGGGACCAUGUGGAUCAUCUAGUCUCAUCCCCUGCAAUGCAAGAUUCUCUAACAGAUGAUCAUCCAACCCCUGUUGAAAACCUCAAAUGACUGAGAGUCCACCUCUUCUGAGGGAGUCCGUUCCACUGUUGAACAGCUUUUGCUUUCAGAAAGUUGCUCUUAAUGUUGACUUGAAAUCUCCUUUCUUGCCAUUUGAAUCCAUUGGUUCAGGUCCUACCCUCUGGAGUAGCAGAAAACAAGUAAUUUGGUCGGUGCUUGUAAGAUGACCUUCUCCAAUUUGGUGCUGCCCAGAUGUUUUAGGACAACCAUUCUUAUCAACCCCAGCCAGCAUGGAGUUGUUGGCCAAAACAACUGGAGGGCAUCAGGUUGGCAAAGGGUGCUGUAAAAGAUCCCCCCUCCCCCCCAAAAAACUUGGACCACUGGGAAUUUGGAAUGCUUUCCUAACCCCCUACAGCUGAGAGUGUCGAAGAUCUCCCUGCCAGAUCCCCUUCCCCUUUUCUCAGUAGCCACAUGACCCGAAAAGCUGUCUGUGACAGAGUGACUGGCUUGCAAAGAGUUAAACUCCUCUUCCAGGCGAUAGCAUCUAAUGACUAUUGCAGCCCCACCUGUUUGUCUGGCAAAGAGGCAACUUCUGUCUUACUCUAAUGGCUCCCCGCCCCCCCUUCUCCCCCGCAAGGGCAGAACAAGCUGAGCUGUUUGGGAAUGCGAUUUGCUUCCUUGAUAAGCUUAAAACCUUAAGGAGCCUAGGGCCUGGGCGCAUGAUAGCAAAACUUCAAGGAAUGAAGUUAUUGAGAUCAGGCCUGAUUAGUUGUGAUGCCUUGGAGGGGAAGAGCUGGAGCUUAACAGCGGACCAUAGAACCAUAGGAUUGUAGCGUUGGAAGGGACCCCAGGGGUCAUUUAGUCCAGCUCCCUGAUUCUUCAUGCACCGCAUGGUUAAACAGUCUCAGGAGGCAACUUGGAUGGUUUUAAAACAGAAUUGGACCAGUUCUUGGAGGGGAAGGCUAUUGAUGGCUACCAGCCAUGAUGACUACGCUCUGCCAUCAAAGUUUGAGGCAGACAAUGCUUCUGAACACCAGUUUCUGGAAACCAUAGGAGGGAAGAUUGUGCAUGAAGCCUGCUUGCUGAUUUAACCUCAGCCAUCUUGUUGGCCGCUGUGGGGAGAGGAUGCUGGCCUUACCCAGUGGCUCUUCUUAGGCUGUGAUGGAAUCCCUGCCAGAUGGCCAUCCAAGCUCCAUUUAAAAACCUCCAACAACAGGAGUGGAGGUUCCAGUGGAGUCAAUUCCUCUUCUCUUGCCCUCAGAAAAUUCUUCCUAACGAUUAGCCAGAAUCUCCUUUCUUGUCAUUUGAAUCCAUUGGUUCUGGUCUUACCCUCUGGAGCAGCAGAAAACAAGAUUGCGCCAUCUUCCCUCCAGAUAAUUUGAGAAUGGCUAUCGUAUCUCUGCUAAACAAACCCUCCUCUGCACAUGUCCUAACUUAUCAACAUCUUUUGUAAAGCUGUGAUGCCCAGAAUUGGACACAGGACUCCAGGUGGGCUUUUUGACCAAGACAUAAGAGAUCUUGCGCUUUAUAGGUUUUUGUAUUCUGCUUUUUAAACUGGUCUUCAACAUGUGCCUCACUCUCUACAAGUCACUUACAACCAAAAGAGCAACUAACCAUUGCAAUAAAGAAAUAAGGAGAGUUUAGAAGCUGUUGGGGAAAAGACCCAAAAGUCUCUUGAUACCUCGGUUGGCUGUCCCAGGCAACUGAACCAGGGUACUGAGAGACACUUUGGUAUUUUUCCUGACAAAGCUUUCUGGCCCAGUGGAGAGAGAGAGAGUCUCUCUCUCCCCCCCCCCGCUUAUUGUGUGGCUGCUGCCCUCCAGAACUCUGCUCUCAAACCUGAUUUAAAGGCCUAUUUCCAUUUGCUGCUUUAUAUCUUCGCCCCUCUAAGAGAGUCGUAAAUUAGCGGCUGCAGAUUUCGAGCUUUGAAAGGCCUGUGGAGGCGAAGAAAGUGCCAGAGAGGGACUCUUCAGACUUGGCAAUUUGGCUGGGUGGUUGUUGUUUUUCUUCUUUUUGGGGGGGGGGGGAUAAUUCACUCUCUGCAAGCAAACCCCUUCCAGCCUACGUCUUGCUUUGGGGGACGGCUCCUUUUGAUGCCGGGUUCCCUGGCUGGUAAUUAUGUCAGAUUUAUAUCUGCGCGAGGGGGUGGGCGGGCAGCUUUGUAGUCGAUGUGUCUGUGUGAUGUUUUUGGUUGGAGAUGGCAUUUUAAGGAUUAUUGAACGAAAUGAAAUGAGCUGCCUUGAUUGCGAGGGGAGGGAAAACCGAUCCUUUAAUCUGCCUUCUCGCCUUGCCUCUUCCAGCAGGUUGGGAAGAGGAUUUGCUGGGCUCAGCUGGUAGCAGGGAGUUGGCUCUCCUCUCACCUUGCCUUCGCGCCCAUCCACUCACGUUGAUGCUGCUUUUGCCAACCUGGGGUCCUCCAGCUGUUUUGGAUGGCGACUCCCAGGUUUCAUCCAGAACAUCUGGAGAGCAAAGUGGCCAGGAUGAAGAAAGCUGGUCUAAUGGGACUUGUUUGGGGCGACUAUGGCUUUUGUAGGGUUUGAUCUGAAGGCAAAUGUCUGCCUGGUGACGUCAGAGAGAAGUGUGAGGCUGUCCAUUAUGUGCUCACCUGGCCUGAUCUGGGACCCCAUGGAACAACGUUCAUAGUUGGGUGAGGUCCCUGCAAUGAGUGUGGUGGGGCAGAGGAAAGACAGGAUGAAAGCAAAGACAGUUUGGAUGCAAACCCAGUCUUUGUUAAAAAUGUAUUUUUCUCUUGAAUGUAAGACAUUCUGUAUAAUUGCUGAGCAUGUCAGAACCGUUUAAUUCUAAGGUGUGUUAGAAUUCAUGUGCCCCUGCUCCUCCAUGGGAGGUUCAUGAGUAUGGGCCUUUUUGGUGGUGGCCCUCCCUGUUUGGGGAUGACUGUCCCCAAGGAAACACGCUUGCUGCCAAUCUUAUUUGUCUUUAGACAACAGAGAAAUACUUUACUCUUUUCACUCUUAAUCUUGUGAGAUUGCCCUCUUUUAGUUGGAGCAGGAUUUGUUUAUUUCAUGAAAUUUAUACACUGUUUGACUAAAAAAAAAUACCCCUUGAAGUCUGUGGGAUGACUCUUUCAAAAGCAGUUACUUGUUUCAAGUGGCCCCUGGGGAAUAAUUUUAAUUCUGCUUCCUCUGUGUUUCCAUGGCUUUGAAAGGGUUUAGGGUGGUUUGGAAACCACCUGUGGGCUCCUCUUUGCCUGGGGAAAGCCCAUCACCAAUCCCCAAUUCAUGUAAGAAAUGGAAAGCUUUCAGACAUCCCAUUGAAGUCCUAGUGGGAGUGAGCCCCAACACUGCUAUCUCCUUUGUUUCAGCUGCUCCUAGUGUCAUGGUGAUUCAGGGUAUGUGUUUUAGUCUGUUGGUAAUACAAGUACUUGCUCAUCCCCAAAGGAUUCCAUCUGGCAAUUCAUGACUUCUGGGAUGAUAUUCUGGGGGAACAGUCAAGGAAUUAUAGGGUAAUCUUCCUAUAUACAUAAAAAUGUAAGGCUAUCAUCACGCAGCCGGCAUUGGAGGAUUUGUAGUGUUUCAUCACAAUCCACCCAGUGUGGAACUGUUCAGACAGCAGGAAGAGGAAGAACUUGAUAUUUUAGUGUGGCAGCACCUACACUUUGGAACUCCCUGCCUAUUGACAUCAGGCAGGUGCAUUACUGUCCUCUUUUCAGCACCUGCUAUAAACAGUUUUGUUCAGCUGAGCCUACCCAGACGUUUAGAAAUUGGAUGCAAGUCUUACCUGUUUUUAGUCUAUUCUUAUGCUAACUUUUGGAAUGUCUUAAAUUGUUAAUUUCUCUUACUUUGAGCUUUUUUUAAAAAAACAACAACAGCCAAGCAGUGUAUAAAUUUUAUCAAACGAGAAAACAUUGGCGGGUUUUCUGCAGGCUGCCUUUGAAUGGCCUCUGUUUAAAGAUUAGUCAUUGAUUGGCUUUUACUACUUGUGAAUCCUGAGUGGGAAGAGAGAAGGGUUCAAUCUUUUUUAAAAAUGAUUUAGCCGCUGGAUGAGAACAGCUGUUAACACAAGCUGCCAUAUGUGUUUGUGUGCAUGCGCACACGCAUGCGCACACACACUGAAGAAACCCAGCCAGGAGGUGUUAAAUAGAAGGCCUGAAUGAAAAGACCCCUGUUGCUCCUCCUCUGGCCAAGAUAUUCCUGCAAGUAAAUCCCAGCCACUAAGAGUGGUGUGGAUGCUGAGCAAGGAGGUUCUGAGCUAACAGACUUCUCAGGUGACCUGUAUUAGCUUUAUCUGCACACCAUCGGGUAGACGCUUGAAUGAUUCAUGCUGUUUUGUGCCCUCCAGACUAGCAUGGCAGAGCAAAGCGCAGGGUUCCUUGGUGGAUGUUUGUCUUUGAGUAUAUAAAAAACGGAGGAGAUUUCUUUUGGGGAAAUGGCAGCGGGUGCGGCUGUCUGGAGGCUUUGAUGAGCAGUGGAUAACUAGGAGAAGCUGGGAACAAGGGAAGCUGACACUGAGUCAGAACAUUGGUCCAUCUAGCUCAGCAUUGUCUACACUGACUGGUAGCAGUGGAAACUCUCGGGGGUUUCGGCAGAGACUCUCUCCCAACCCUACCUGGAGAUGCUGCUGGGGUUUGAACCUGGGAUCUUCUGCCCGCAGAGCAGGUGCCGCCGCUGAGCCUUUCUCCAAAAGGCCUAAAAAUGCAUCAAGUGCAACUUGUCUCCACUUAGGAGACAUCCAGACAGAUUGAAGGAUGCUCUUAAAGCAAAAUUUCACAGCAGGUUUAAGCUGCCUGUGAGUGGUCCUUUGUGUGGUGCAAGAACUCCUGCCUCUGGCAAGCUAAUGAGCACGAGAGUCCUCUCCUCUCUUGCAGUUUCCAGCAACUGCACUCAGCAUUGCUGCUUCCAGCUGCGGGCAGCAUAGCCAUAAUAGCUAGCAGCCAUUGAUGCUCUUUGGUAACCCUUUAAAGCUGUCUAGAUGGGAGGACUUCCGGGGUGGCGCCACCGGCAAUGGCGGACUCCCUCUGAACAGGAGAGACUAGCUCCGCGGGAAACGGGUCUUCUCCGCUACGGCGAAGUGGGGACCCUUUUAAAAAUCACAGGCGGAUGAAGCCUGUGACCAUGGGACUCGGCGGGCACCUUUAGCGCCCCCCCAACUCGCUAAGGAACCCACUAAUGGGCUCCGAAGUGAAGAGGGGGAAGUGGCGCGGUGCUGUGAGUCAACUGCUAUUUCCGUGGAGCGAAGCCGCACAGCCGUUGCCGGAGAGCGCUGCCUUUUUCCUGGGACAAUUUGGACUCUAAAAUAAGCACCUGUGAGUACUUGGAUUUUGAACAACUGGACAUUAAAUAAGGACUUGCGAGUGGAAAGGAAUUGGAUUUUAAAAACCUAUUUUAAUUUGGUACGGAACGGGAAGGUCUAAACAGGAAGUCAGCCUUCCGUUCUUCUGUAGACAGAAUAAAGCAAAGACAAUGUAAACUAGAGCUUAGAAAAUCGCCUUUAAAGGAUUGGAUUUCAUCAUUUAAAAUUGUGGAACCCCCCUUCGACAGCAGGAGAAGGAGGGGGAUCUUUUUCGGACUGUUUAAAGUGAGUUUAAAGUAAAGUAACUUUCCUUCGUCCUGAUCCUGGAGCGGGGUGUCAGGACUGACGUUUGAAGUUCAUUGACCAGAGACAAGCGUUUUUGACAGAUAGCUAAAAGAAGAGAAACAUAGCGAUUCCACUGCUUCCCUUCGCAUCUUUAAGCAACAAAUAUUGACAAAGUAUCUCAAAAAGGGAAACUUUGUUGCAAGAACAAAUAGAAGUUUUCCCCCUAGAGGGAGAUUGUGUAACUGUAACCAACUCCAGGGAGCCGGCAGCUGUUACAGAUUACAAUCGUGGGAACAGGCAUUUGACCUUGCAGGACAAUGUAUUCAGAAGCUUUGUUGUGUGCUUUCUAUAAAACAAAUGCCCUACUGGAACAAUUACAUGAGAAGGUGAAUUGGAUGGCGACUUCGACUAGAGAUUUUGAACAGGCAGUGGGAAAUUUUGAACAGACAGUGGGAAAAUAUGUGGAGCCCACUCAGGAAUUAAAUCAGGAGUGUGUCCUGACAGAACAGGCCCAACAGGAAUAUGAGUUUUCGGAUUUGACAAAUGAACUUGGAAAAAGCCAGAUUUGGAAAGAAAAAGUUUGGUUUGGCUUGGAAAUGGGGGGCUGGAUUGACCCCCCUAUGCUGGGAUGUUUGGACUUUUCGAAUCUGGCAAUGGGCCGUGAGAUGUUUGGGAUUGUGGGGGCUCUUAAUUUUAGAGGGUCUUUGAAGCAUGCUUUUAAAUACCAUAUGGAAUUCAGUGUUGAAUAUGGAAAAGGGGCUGAUCUGUCGAGAAGGGUUAAAAAUAUUGCCAAGCUGGAGUUACCACGAGUAGGAGACAAGGGAAAAUACAGUUACAAAUAUGAAGAAGAGCUACGGAAGGGACAUGGAAGAGACUUGAGGGCCUCGGAUAUAAGGCUGCCAGGUUAAUGAACUAGAUCAACGGGAUAAUAAGGACUGACAAAACCCGGAACCAGGAGGAAGGGACGUUGGAUGAAGAUUGGAUCUGUUUGUAUUUCUUUUUUCUACCAUUAGAACUGUUUUAUAAAAUUGAUGAAUGUUAGAAAAAUGUUGGAAUGAAAUUGCUUGGCUUUAGUAAAAAUGUUUAAAGAAUUAUGAAAGAAUAUUAUGGUUAUGAGAAGUUGGUAAGGAUAAGAUUUAAGUUUUAAGCUUUAAGGUUUAUUUUACUAUAGAAAGAUAAGAUUAAAACAGUUUAGGGUAAUGUAAUAACAGAAUAUUAUGAAAUAUGGAAAGGAUUUGCUGGGAUAAUUAAUAACUAGGAUACAAAGAAAGGGAGGAGGAGGAGGUCAAAGAAAGAAGGUAAUGACAGUUGAGGAUUUGAGAAUAAUGAAUUUGUUUUUAAAUGUUUUUAAUUGUUUGUGAUGUAUUUUUGUAUUUUUUUUUCUGUCACUUUUUCUUAUUUUUGAAUUUGUAUUCAUAUGGUUGGAAGGGGUUUGUUUUUUUUCUUUUUCUACUUUGUUAACUAUUUUUAUUUUGUAUUUUCUACUGCUUUUAUUUCUUGGUAACACUUUGAAAAUUUCAAUAAAUAUCUUAUAAAAAAAAUAAAAAUAAAGCUGUCUAGAUGGGUGGCCAUCCCAGCUUCCUUGUGGGAGUGAAUUCCAUAGUUUUAACUCUGUGCUGCAUUGUAGCAGUUAAAAUGGCUGUUUAAGCCUCGUGCUUUAAAAUAGGUAAAAUAAUGCCAAAAGAUGGUAUCUGCCUAAUUGGGUGAGCAGAGGGAAGCUAGGUAGGUAGCUGUGUUGGUCUGAUGCAGUAGAAAUAUAUUUAAAAAUUCUUUAAAAAAUGUCCAGUAGCACCUUAGAGACCAACUAAGUUUGUUCUUGGUAUGGGCUUUCGUGUUCAUGCACACUUCUUCAGACACAGUAGUACCUCGGGUUACAUAUGCUUCAGGUUACAUACGCUUCAGGUUACAUACGCUUCAGGUUACACUCCACUAACCCAGAAAUAGUACAUCGGGUUAAGAACUUUGCUUCAGGAUGAGAACAGAAAUUGUGCUCCGGCGGCACAGCAGCAUCAGGAGGCCUCAUUAGCUAAAGUGGUGCUUCAGGUUAAGAACAGUUUCAGGUUAAGAACGGACCUCCAGAAUGAAUUAAGUACUUAACCCGAGGUACCACUGUACUCUGAAACAAAAGUCACCAGACCUUUAUAUAUAGUAAGUGGGUGGGGAGGGGUAUUACUCAGAAGGGUGGUGGGAAUGGGUGAUUGGCUGGUAGGUGUGGUAAACCUGUAGCUUUAUCAUGUAUAAUGAGAUAAGAAUCCAAUGUCUCUAUUCAGACCAGGUCUCUCCAUGGUUUUAAGUUUGGUAAUAAGUUGUAAUUCAGCAACUUCUCUUUCCAGUCUAUUUCUGAAAUUCUUUUGUAACAUGACAGCUACUUUGAGAUCUUGGAUAGAAUGUCCUGGGAGACUGAAGUGUUUUCCUCCUGGUUUCUCUGUCUUGUGAUUCCUGAUGUCAGAUUUAUGUCCAUUAACCUUUGGCGUGGGGACGCGGGUGGCGCUGUGUGUUAAACCACAGAGCCUAGGACUUGCCGAUCAGAAGGUCGGCGGUUCGAAUCCCCGCGACGGGGUGAGCUCCCGUUGUUCGGUCUCAGCUCCUGCCAACCUAGCAGUUCGAAAGCACAAAUUGCAAGUAGAUAAAUAGGUACUUUUCCGGCGGGAAGGUAAACAGCGUUUCUGUGUGCUGCUCUGGUUCACCAGAAGCGGCUUAGUCAUGCUGGCCACAUGACCUGGAAGCUGUCUGCAGACAAACGCUGGCUCCCUCGGCCAAUAAAGCGAGAUGAGCACCGCAACCCCAGAGUCGGUCACAACUGGACCUAAUGGUCAGGGGUCCCUUUACCUUUACUUUUAUCCUUUGGAGUAGGGUUUGGCCUGUUUGUCCAAACCAGAGUGCCUUUUUAGCCUGGUGGCACCUGCUGGUGACACCCCCCCCCGGCCCUCUCUGCUUUGAGGUUCCAAGAACAUUGCAUCAGCUCCAGCUAGUGAUCUCCUUAAGAGAUAAUACUAGGAAUCUGCCAAGUGCUUGAGAUCCCCCAAAUUGCGGGAGCCCCCUCCCAUUUAGCUCGGCUCCUUUAGUUAAUGGCAGGGAUGCCUGGAUUCACAUUACAAACCCCCACCCACCCACCUCGCUGCCGCCCCAAAUAUCUGUUGAAUCUCCUGGCUGGGCGUCCUUAUUUUUAUCUCCUGAAUCGGCCUCGUUUGCCUCGUGCGAUUGGCAAAUCCGUAAUAACCGUUUGCGCCCACGCGCGCCCACACUCCUCCCUGAAUUUAAUUCUCAUCAGCGGCGCUCUCCAUCCUGGCUAAUAACGCUUUGCUGCCGCAAAUAGCUUUCAACACGCCAUUGAGAGCCUGGUUGAAGAGCGCACUUGAGCGAGUGCUAGACAGCUGGAAGUGCCCCUAAUUGUCUCCCCGAGUGAGAACCGCUUGGAGGCUCAAGGACCUUAUUUUCAUCUGCUUAGAGAGACAAUAUUCUGCUUUCAACAAAUGCUGGAGGCACUUGGGCGGAUGGCCUCAUCCCCAUCCCUUUCCCCUGCCCGCCUCUGCCCUGAAAGACUCCUUGGGAAACUGGAGGGUGGUAUGCAGAAGCAGAUAGGUGGCUGUGUGUGUUGUUGUUUUUCCAAAGGGGAAGGGAGGAAUUCAACUCGUUUAUGCUCUUGGCUGGCUGGCCUGAUCUGCCAAGCCAAAUGUCAGUAGAGGUGCUUGGUGACCCCCGUGCUCACCCCCUGGGGGGCUCGAUUCUCCUGCUGUCCCCCCUAAAUCUGUUUAAGGAGCCCCCCACAACCUUCUGGAGCAGAUUUGGGAAGGGUGGGGAAGAAUGUUGGCGAGUGAGAGGAGAGCGGAAAGUCCUGCUGCCCAAGCAGAAACCCUUGCACUAAAUGGAUGAACACUGUUCAGCACCCAAAUGGCAAUCAUCAUCAUCUGACCUUCACCCUAACGUCCCCAGGGCAGGUUACAACAACAACAACAGCCACUCAGAGUGUGGCUGGGGCAACCCAGAUGGGUGGGGUACAAAUAAAACAACAACAGAAAAUGCAAUAUCAAAGAACAACCCACAGCUGAAAAAAAACCCUAAUACAGUGGUGCCCCGCAAGACGAAUGCCUCGCAAGACAAAAAACUCGCUAGACGAAAGGGUUUUCCGUUUUUUGAGCUGCUUCGCAAGACGAAUUUCCCUAUGGGCUUGCUUCGCAAGACGAAAAUGUCUUGCAAGUUUGUUUCCUUUUUCUUAACACCCUUAAUACAGUUGCGACUUGACUCCGAGGAGCAACUCAUAGAACGCAGUGUACAUAGUAGCUUUUUUUGAGGUUUUUAAAGACUUUGGUGAUUUUUGAAGCUUUUCCAAAACUUCUUUUGCAGCCAUUUGGUAAGUUAAGCUUUUAAAACUACUUUGGGGGGUUUUGGAUUUUGGGUUGGGGUGUUUGGAAUUCAAGGACUUGGUGUUGGGGAGGGGUUUGCAAGAAUCUGGAAGCUUGUGUGUUUUUUCUGCAUUUUUAUGAUUUUCUGUGACCAUUGGGCAACUCUGCUGUUUUUUAAAAAAAUUCUGGGUUUGAAUUUUGACAUGCUCUUUACAGUAUGUGUGACUUUAAAGAGCACUUAAUAAACUCGUGGUGUACCCACUGUGGUGGUGUGUGGACUUUUUGUGACCAUAGGAACACAUUAAUUGAUUUUCAGUGCAUUCCUAUGGGAUUUUGUGCUUCGCAAGACGAAAAAUUCGCUAGACGAAAAAAUUCACGGAACGAAUUAAUUUCGUCUUGCGAGGCACCACUGUAAAAUAACAAUAAGAUCUAAGAUUUUGAUUUAUGUGGAAAUUGUUUCCCGUUUGGUUGUGUAUUUUUUUUGAUGUGGUUUAUUUAUUGUUUAUGACUUUUGUAAUUAUGUAAAUCUUGUUAUGCUGUAAGCUGCCUUCAGCAUUGUUUUUUUAACUGUGGAAAGGCGGCAUACAAAUAAAAAAUGAUGGUAAGGCAGUGGGGUUGUCUAAAGAGCUGACCGGGCAGAAAUAGGAACAUAAGGAGAGCCUGCUGGAUCAGGCCAAUGGCCCAUCUAGUCCAGCAUCCUGUCUCAUUGUGGCCAACCAGAUGCCUCUUCUGGGAGACCCGCAAGCAGGAUUCGAGCACCAGAACACCCUCCCCUCCUCUGGCUUCCAGCAACUGCUAUCAGAAGCAUUGCUUUCUCCAACUCUGAAGGCAGAGCACAGCCACCAUACCUAGUAGCCAAUGAUAGCCUUUCUCCAUGGACUUGUCUAACCCUCUUUUAAAGCCCCCCCCCCCAAGUUCCAUAGUUUAGCUAUGUGCUGGGUGAAGGAGGACUUCCUUUUAUCUGUCCUGAAUAUUCCAACAUGUCACUUCUUGCUCUCCUUUUCUCUACAAAACCCCAAACAGUGCAACCUCUUCUGCAUAGUCGCUCCCUCCCCUUGACCAUUUGGGUUUCCCUUUUCACAGCUUGCUGGACUGUGGGCCAGCCAAGUGGGUGCCCUCUGCCUGUCUUGCCCUCCUGCUCCCAUUGCCCCUCAUGGGCACCACAUGUGUCUACCCCCUGAUACGAAGGGUGGCGAGUCUGUGUAGAUCAUAGAUAGCAGAAGGGGCAAUAGGCUUGGGUGGCAGGCAUGUAGAGUUGAAGAUUUGGACAUGGGGUGGAGUUGGUGGGCAUCUGGUCAGUUGGCAACAACUCGGGGAGGCUGGAGAAUCCAUUUCUUUGAGAGAUUUUCAGGGUCGUGUUCCUUCAAGAUGGACUUAAGUCAGCAGGCAGCUAGUCUUGCUUUUGAGUGCUGUGAUUGUCCCCCCAAAUGUUCUUCCCUGGUGAGUUUGGCCUCAUGUGUGGCAGAAGAGAAAGUGAGUUUGUUCUUCAGUCUUGAGGUGAGGUAACCUUUAAAGCUUUGAGAGGUUCUUUCUUUAGUUGGUAAAAUUUAAAAUAUUUUUAAAAAGAGGUUCCUUCUUUAAAAAUUGACUUUUCCUGUGAGCGUCAUCUCCCAGCACAAAGAGGGUGAGCUUCAUGGCCAAGUGGGGAUUCGAACCCUGGUCUCCUCAGGUCCUAGUCCCCGCAACAACCCUGUGAGGUAGGUUAGGCUGAGUGACUGGCCCAAGGUUACCCACUGAACUACGCCAAGUGGGGAUUUGAACCCUGGUCUCUCGGGUCCUAGUCUGACACUAUAACCACCACCACCACACAGGCUUUCAAUUGCCUUUCAGUGGGUCAUGACCCUUCCUGCUUGGCGCUGACUUUAUCUAAAUCACGCCCAAUGAUUGUUGCCACCUCCUUGCCAUCUCUUGGGAUGUGUCACAGACCUGGCCAAAAAUUGCAUUCGUAAGCAUUCUGUGCAUAUGGUAAGAAUUCUGGUCCUGGCUCCUGGACUCACUGCACUUGAUGGAAUCUGUUUUUCCUAAGUGGGCUGAAGUUGCCUUUGUUCACCAUCACUCACUUGACAGUGUCUCUGCCUGCACCCGCAGCUGCCCGUUCCUCUCCCAAGUGUGGCUUUUAUCCAGUGUUAAUUUGUGGAGCCAACGUGAUUGGCGGCUCCUGCACUCAGCAGAAUGUGACCUGCCUUGGCACAGGCAUUGUGAUUUUUGCAGAGAGCUGCGGUCAGGCAAAGGAGCUAUUUGCAUAAUGUCCUAGUGGGGAAUGAGGGGUUAGGGUUGCUGUGGAAACGGGAGGGUGAUGAAUUAAGGUUGGUUGGUGGGGAGGGGCGAGGGGGCAGAGAUGCUGUGAUGAAUGGGGUGAAUUUAUGAGGAAGGUGCAUUUUCCAACACCCCCUCCUCUCUCCUGGCAGGCCUUCAUUCAGCCUUAACCAGGGACAAGCGAGUUUUAAAUUUUUCAUUUGUCAAACUUAACUAAAGUGAACAAAUAUUUUUAAACGGACUAUUGAAUUGGAUGUUAAGAGGGAAGGUGUAGCUUUGAUGUGAGGCCAUGUUUCGGAACGCAAAACUUGGAGGUUUCCACUCACCCCCCUUGCCACACACACACACACAAAUCUAACAAAAGUUUGCUUCUGAAAUCCUUGCCAAUGGCAGAAAUAUUUACAACUCAGGCUUUGUGACAAAAGGGCCAUCUGCGUCCUGUCUGGGACCCCAGAGUACCUCAGUGUUUAGUUUUUAGGCUGCCUCUAAUGAUAACUUUUAAUUUUGUGAGUUUUCGUAGCCUGCUUGUUGAUUUUAAACGGCUUCCGUAUCCUUGUGGGCUGCCUUGAGGGACUUGAAGGGAAGAGCAGAGCGAAGGGAAUACAUUUGGUAGCAAGAUUUAGCAUGAGGAAUUUCCAGCCAGAGAAGCGGUCGAGGUGUGGUUGCUGCAUUCAAGGUCCCUUCCAAUUGUACAAUUCUGUGACUCUAAGGCUGCUGAGAGGAUGUAGCAAGUCUUGUCUUAAUCCUCCUAGAAUUUUCUCCAGCCCUGAUUGGCUGGAUGUCCUCUAACCUGUGGAAUCCCCCACCACAAUAAAACCAUCGUGUAUUUAAGGCUGCAUUUGCCAACCUGGUGCCCUCCAGACAUUUUGGACUUCAGCUCUCAUCAGUCCUAGUGCUGUUGUCCAUAGGAAUAUAAGAACCUGCUGGAUCAGACCAAGGGUGGGGGGAGAACAUAGCCAUUGUGGCUAAGAGGCAUUGAUAGCACGGGUGGCUCUGUGAUCUAAACCACUGAGUCUCUUGGGCUUGCCUAUCAGAAGGUCAGCGAUUCAAAUCCCCACAACAGGGUGAGCUCCCGUUGCUCGGUCCCUGCUCCUGCCAACCUAGCAGUUUGAAAGCACACCAGUGCAAGUAGAUAAAUAGGUACCACUUUGGUGGGAAGGUAAACAGCAUUUCCAUGCGCUCUGGCACUCAUCAUGGUCCUUCAUGUGCCAGAAGCGGUUUAGUCAUGCUGGCCACAUGACCCGGAAAGCUGUCACAUGAUGGCCUGAAAGCGAGAUGAGCGCCACAACCCAUAGUCGCCUUUGACUGGACUUAACUGUCCCGGGGUCCUUUAACUUUUACCUUUUAGUCGAAAACAUCUAGAAGGCACCAGGUUGGCAGAGGCUGUCUUCAGAGGCCACAGGACUCUGUGGUGUCUUGCUGGCAGUGGUUUCUGGAGUGAGCAGCCCUUGUUUCUUUUGCCUAUGAGCCUCUCUGUAGGGUGAGGGGUGUGUGCCUGGGGGUUUGUGCCACUGGGAAAAAAGCUUCUCUUUCUGGGCAAACCAGGAUGCUGUUCCUUUUGAUUGCCUGUUCUUGGGGUGGGGAGUGGGGAAAGGUUGGUUGGUUACUAUUUGCUUCUGAUAUCUGUUCCAGGAUGCUCUUUUAAAAACAAUAUGGUCUAGCUCUUUAAAUUUCAGCUCCCCCUCCAAGACAAAGAAAUAAAGAAUAUAAAAGCUUUUGAAAAGGGGUUUCCGGAGAUUGCAGAUGCAGAGCUGCUUCCUAGCUGAACUUUUUAAUUGGGGGCAGGAGGAGAUGGCAGAUCAAAUUUCGGUGGAAUGCUCCUGUUUAUCUGCUGUUCACUCCAUUGUUGGUUAACCCUUUGCUGCCAUGACACUGGAAGAGAGAGGAUUAUUCUCCUGCCAACAGGCCGCCUAAUCUCCCUUACUCCAUAUAUGCUCUCUCGACCGCCUCAGUCUGCAGAACUGGCACUGUUACAGGUGUUGCAUAACACCCAUUCCACAUUUGGAAGUGUAGGCAGCACCGUACACAUUGGAACUCACUGCCUCUUGACAUCAGGCAGGGAGGUCUUUCCUGUACUCUUUUCAGCACCUGCUAAAAACAUUCUUGUUUUAUGCAGAAUGCUGAUGUGUUUUUAGUUAAUUGCUUGUUUGUAAAUUUGGGGUGUGUGUGUGUGUGUUUUGUUCUUAGUAACAAGAUUGUUGUUUUAUUCUUUUUGUAAACCACUUAGAGGUUUUCUACAAUCAAGUGGUAUAUAAAUAUUAUGGGGGAGGGGGGAAAUAGUGCCCCCUCCUUUGAUCCUGGGAGCAGCAAUUAUUAACUAACAAGCGUUAAAACAUUGCAUAUAAAUGUUUCCUGCAGCUGAUGUUCUGUGAAAGGGGAAGAGUAGUAGAAUGCAGGAAUCAGAGGCUUCCUCUACAGUUUUCAAAGCCCAUUAGAGGAGAAAUAGUUUCUACCACAUGCAUCAUGCUCGCUGUAGCUUUUCCUGUCCAGAGGAGAAGAGAUAUUGUUUGGAUAGCCUUCACUGGAAAAUCAGCAGCUUGUAAGAACAGAGGACCUUUUGGCUUUCAGGAGAUGUGUCUUGAGUUGUUAAAUCAUUUUAAAAAAUUAAAUGCUUUAUUGAUAACAAGCUGCUCUGACUUAUGAAAAGGAAUUUUGGAUCAUUUGAUUCCAUUCCAAUGUGUGCUUUUGACCAGCCUCCAUUGUUAGCCUUGUUUGUGGAUUCCUUGGCCAGUGAUCAGAUUUUGUUUGCCUUGGAACCCAGAACUGUUUUAACAGCUGCCCUGGUCCAGGAGUGCUUGUCUUUUAUUAACCCUUCCUUAUACGGAGGCUUCCUCUGUGCUAGGAAAACCUGGGUUCUACAUCCUGGAUGAAAUGGACAGGCUUGUACAAUGCUUCCUGCCCCCCCCCCCCGAAAAAUAGGUGCCGGUACUCACCAUGAAGUGAUUAUAGGAAGUGCCAUACUUUUUAACAACAACAAAAGAGGUGCCAGUACUAGGUAUCCUUGAAUACCUCCUGAAAUAAAGAAGUGCUCUUGUGUAUUUUGCAUAUAUUUGCAGUGAAGGAUGUCCGAGUCCUGAAGUUUCGCCAGAUGCUCUCUGUGUACUUCCAAGCUCACCUGUGGGUUCAUGAGGAUUAGAAACUUGAUGUGUGCUUGUGCCCUGUUCACCCUGCCCCACCCAACUACAGUAUUGCAGGAUACUGCAAUAGGCCUGGAACAUAAAGCACUGUGAUACCAAUUUUGGCUUCCCCCAAAGAAUCAUGGGAACUGUAGUUAAGGGUGCUGAUCGGUGUUAGGAGAUUCCAGUUCCCCUCCCAGGACCACAGUUCCCAGAGUGGUUUAACAAUCAGUCCCCCUUCACAGGGAACUCUGGGAAUUGUAGCUCUGGGAGGGGAAUAGGGGGCACCCUUUAAAAACUACAGCUCCCAGCAUUCUCUAGGGGAAGGCUUGACUGUUUAAAAUAGUAUCAUAGUGCUUUAAAUGUAUGGUUUAAAUGUAGUCAUAGUGCUGCUGUUACAAACAUGCAUAUGGAAUCUGUAGUUGCUGCACGGCAGCUGAGCCAAAGACUUCUCUUUUUCAUUCGGCCUUGGGUUACUGGAAACUUGACUAAUUAUAGGAUCGUUUAAAUGUCGAAUUGGAAGAUACUCCCAAGGGUCAUCUAGUCCAACCCCCUGCAAUGCAGGAAUCUCAGCUAAGGAUGUGGGCAUGCAGUUCCAGGGGUUGCAAAGCUUUUGUUGCAGCUGCUUCUAAACCCUGGAUCAUGUCUUCUCCCCUUACCCCCCCCUCCAAAAAAAACCCCACACCACCGCACACACCUGUAAUAUGGUAUCUGAAUGACGGUAAAUUGACACUCUCUCUCUUUCCUAUCUUCUUUCUAGACGGAGAUUGCUAAAAGGCUGAACACCAUUCUAGCCCAGAUCAUGCCUUUUCUGUCACAAGAGGUAAGGAUGCCAAGGGGUUUUGCUGGGGGAAAAGUAAGCCAAAUCUGCGGAGGAGCCCUGCAGGGCUGAGACCAAAUGCUCCUCUCAUUUUAAAGACCUGGUUGCAGACAGGAGGGCUGGACUGAUGCAGUGAUGGGUCAAUGGAUAUGCAGAAGAAUCACCACUUAAUUUGGUCAAGUGUGGGAUAAUUGUUGACCCACCAUUUUGCUUCAAUACCAUCCUGAGCUACUUCUUUCUUAGCCAAUAAACGCUUCUUGCAAGUUCCCCAGAGGAUGGACUUGCGUCUCUGAGACUUGUCCACACAGCAGUGUUAGCAGCCAGUUUUGAGAGCCAAUGUGGUGUAGCUGUUAGAGUGUCGGCCUAAGAUCUGGGAGAGAGCAGGGUUCAAAUCCCCCAAUUGGCCAAAAACCCCCAAAAACUCACUGGGUGACUUUGGACCAAUCACUGCCUCUCUCAGCCUAACCUACCUCUUGGGGUUGUUGUGGGGAUUACAUGAGGACUAGAACCUGGGGGAGACGAGGGUUCAAAUUUCCCACUCGGCCAUGAAGCUCACUGAAUGUGACUUUUGAAGGGCAGCCACAGCCUCUUGCCCUAACCCUAAUUAGGCUUGAAAUAAUGAAAUGCUUUUUUCUAACCCCCCAAAAAUAAAAUGGCUGGGAGGGUGUUUGACUGCUUGGCCACACCCAGUGUUGACAUAUGACUCUCGGAGAGUUUUCUAAGAGGGAUUGUGGCCUUCAGCCUGAAAAUAUUUCCCAGCCCCCUUUCCUUAGAGAAACGUACCAGAAGACAGGAAAUACUGAUGUAUGACCAAGUUCUUAAGAAGCAGCUUCUGAUCUCUUGAGUACAUCACUUCCCCUCUGUUCCCCUCUGUUUUUGUGAGUCCUUUGGGACACAUCCACUCCGCAAAUCUGGCUUUAAUCACCAUGCCUUCCUUGCACAGGGGGUUCUUGGCAGCGUGGCUUUGGGGCGAUGCUGAUAAUUAGCUAUCAGAAUUCUCUGGGGUGCCCCACAGACUUGGUAGUUCCCAGAAUUCCCUCAGUGGGGAGUGUCAAACUAGGAGCUGGGAGGGUCCAGGGUAAAUCUCCACCCCUUGCACUCUGCCAUGAAGCUCAUUGGAUGUGACGGGGGGGGCAGUCCCAGCUUCUCUGAGCCUAACCUACCUCACAGGGUUGUUGUGGGGAUUAAAUAAGACAAGGGGGACCUGAGUACACCACCUUGAGCUCCUUGGAGGAAAAGUUGAGCUGUAAAUUAAAUACAGUCAUACCUCGUGUUACAUUUGCUUCAUGUUGCGGCUUUUCAAGUUACGAAUGUGGCAAACCCAGAAGUGUUUACUUCCGGGUUCGUCACCGGCGCAUGCAAUCUGCGCGCUUCAUGCACGCGCAGAAGCGGCACUCUACUUAUGGACUUUUCAGGGUGCAAAUGGCACCCUGAAACAGAUCGUGUUCAUAAGUAGAGGUACCACUGUAAAGCCAAACCGGUGUACCUUUCGAUUGUCGGCAUUUUCCUUGGAUGUAGGAUGCUUCAAGUCUUUCUCUCUCUCUGUCCCCGCAGCACCAACAGCAAGUGGCUCAGGCUGUUGAGCGUGCCAAGCAGGUCACGAUGACGGAGCUGAACGCCAUCAUCGGGGUACGUGGAGUUCCCAAUCUGCCUCUCACCGUGUGUAUUACCCCUUUAUUCCUACCAUUUACCGUAAACAGAGACAGCCCUGCCCUCGCUGCCGUGGCUUCAGAGAAGGGCUGCGUUUGCAAACAACACUGCCGCUGCCCUGAGCUAAAAGCAGCCUCUCUGCUAGGCCCAUGUUGCUGCCAUGUCUCCAGAGGGCUGGAGACCAAAUGCCUGGUUUAAAUUUCUCCCAGCAGCCGGGGCAAAAAGAGCUUCUGUCUUGUUUCUUGCCCACACAUGGUUUUAAUUAUAAUGUGUGUCCCCCCCCCCCCCGUUUGUUGGCUGCUGGGCUCUUGAGCAGCCUGAUGAGUGAUCCUGUGCUUUAUUUAUUUCCCAAAAUGUUUUUUGGGCUACCAUCGGUUCCAUAAACUCAUCCCCUGCCCUAUAAAAAGCAUUAUUCAGAAUAGCAGUUUGCACAGCCCACUAAGGAAGAUAGUAACGCAAUCGGGUUAAAACAGUGACAAUUGUGCAUUGAUUCAAAAGCCAGUUAAAACUAUUUAAUUGAAUUAAUUCAAUGAAAUUGAUGAACAUGAUCCAGUGAUGCCAGCUUUUCAAAGUCCAAUAAUUGUUUAUGCCUCUAGUGACCUUCUGCCGCCCCCUUGCCUCCUAGUGCCCCCAAGUAAUCCCACUGCCCCCAGGAGGGCAAUACUGCCCCCUUUAAGAACCACUGCUUUCAGAGCAUUUGUACCCCGCUCUUCAGCCCAAAAGGCUCCCAGAGGGGCAUACAUACAAUUGACCCAAACAAGGCAGCCCCUGCCUGCACAGACUUACAAUCCAAAAAAGACAAGGCAUUCAAGGGAAAGGGGACAAGGAGGAAAGAGGAAAAUGAAAUCUCCAAUUUCUGAACAAUUGUUUCUAGAAUGACCUGCUGCUGCAGUUCAAGGGCAGAAGAUGCCCAAUAGAGCUGGGCCUCCAGCAAAUCUCUCCCAUGGCGUCAAUCUGAGGCAAUGACUGCCCCCCAGAUGACAGUUGAGGGGGCCUGAUGGAGCAAGCUCAGCUUCCCCUCCAGUCCCGGAGCUACUUCACCUCCAAUGUGCAGAUAAACUGUAAGAGGCAGGUGCCUUAUACAGAGUCAGGCCCUUUUGCCAAUGUAGCUCAACAUCAUCCACACCAGGGCGGUCCAACUUUUCAUACCACGUGGGUCUCUAGAGUGCUUUGACAUGGAAUCUGUUGGCUGCACACUGCCUUGUCCCACAAGGGGUGGGGGAAGCGAGCCCAAAAUUUGUCACCGCCCCCCCCUCCACAACCCAUUGCAGUGCAGGAAUUACAGCCAAAUUUGACAUGGCCCAGUUGGGAAAACCUGCUGUGACAUAGAUGGGCUGGCUGGCAUAAUGCAAAAUGGUGCCAACAGGGACCUGCCCCUCAGGGAGUAACUGUGGGCAUUAAUGGAAUGUGCAAAGCAUUCACUAAUAUAUAUAUAUUUAAUGCAUUAUUUCCUUACUUAGAUCCCUCUGUGAAUUUUGUUUUUUAAAAAAUAUACAUUCUUUGCAAGAUGACCUUCCUUGCAUGCCUGGCAAAUCUAGAACUAGACUAUGAAAUUAAGCCCAGAGUAUUUGCUCCCCCGGCCAAUAAAGCGAGAUGAAUGCCGCAGCCCUAGAGUCGGUCACGACUGGACCUAAUGGUCAGGGGUCCCUUUACCUUUUUAUUUGCUCCUCAGCAGAUCCUGCAGGAUGCAAUAUGGGAAGCUUUGCUUCAAAACGUUCCUGAAGAAUCUUGGAGUUCAUUCUCCUUUGUGUUACACACACACACACAUAUUUAAAAAAUGGUCAUCAAUUGCUAGCCCUUCUCCUGGCUUCGCUGAGGUCUGUUCUGUCUCUGUUUCGCCGUUGUAGUGCAAUGUGUGAUGUUGAACUGGGGCAGUUUGGUGUUUCCGUUGCCUUGCCUUGCUCCAGGAGGUGCUGCAGAUCUUACAGGCUCUAUCUAACUGGGUUUUAUUUGCUGACUCAAAACACCUGCCGCUUCUGAGCUGAUUCCUGGUUCUUUGGUAAACAGCCUCCCAAAUGCAUUGAGGCAGCACAGGUGUGGCUAACACUUUGUCCCUCCAGGUGUUGCUGGACUGCAGCUCCCAUCAUCCCCACCUUCUGAGAGUUGUGGUUCAAAAUAGAGUCCCAUGUUGGCUGCCAGUGAUGCAGAGUCAGGGCAAGAAAGAAUCCCCUUGGGUUUAGGUCACAGGGAAGCCAGGGCUUUGCCUUUGUUCAGCUGAGUCCCUCCCUCAAUAAUGGAUGUUUUAGUUACUUAACUUCUUGUUCCUGUUGAUGUUGCUAACAUGACAUGACCUGGAACUCUUUCCUGUUUGUUUUUCUGCUGUAGUUCUUCUGAUUGUGAAUGGUAGUAUUUGGAAUUCUACGUGUUUGUUUUCUCUCAUGUUUGCUUGUGAAAAUGAAGGUAGAUGAACCCUUGGGUCAAAAAACAGCCUUGCUAUGACACCAGAUUCAAACCCCCCCCAUCCCUCUGCCCCUUAACAAAUUUCUUGUUUCUUAGGCAUAUUUUUCUCUGUGUGUGUCUCUUCUUCCUGCAUGGUUAUAAUGGCCCAUGGAAAUAGACUUCUUGCAACAGUGACAAGACUGUUUUGCUCUGCAAAGGACUCCUUUGGAGGGGAGGACUGUAUUUUGGAGUGGAGGAACUUUAAUGUGCAGAUCAAAGCUUUCCCCAUUCAUUGCAGACAAAGGAAUGUGAUGACAUAUGGAAACACUUUGAAUGGGCCUUGUUCGUUCGUGGUGGGUGGGGCCCACUUUGCUGCCCCUCUGGGUGCCUUGCAGUUGGUGCAGCCACCCUAGUCUCCAAAUACCUUGAGACAACUUCAUAUGGAGAGGCCUGUCAGGUCUAGGUUAGAUUACUGCCUGUCAGGUCUAGGUUAGAUUACCAGUGUUAAACUCUGGGCUGCCCUUGAAGACUGUUUGGAAACAGCUGCUUGUGCUUGUUGGCAGCCAGAUUUUUGACGGUGGCCAGAAAGUCCAAACAUACGUUGCCAGUUAUGUCCUGACUGUACUGGCUGCCAAAUUGUUCUUACACCUAUGAAGUCUUAAGAGGGUCCAGGACCCUCAUAUCUUAGCCACAUUGUUGUUCUUUCAGUCAGAACUUGCCGGAACGGGCACCUCUCAGGUGGGCACCAUUACCAUUAUAAGCGAACAAGGGAGGCAUUUAUAGGGAGUUCCAGCACCUCUUUUUCUAGAAAAAUAGCUCUGCUUUUAUAGGUCUUUGACUGCAUGAGCUUUCCCAGAUCUCGUCGUCUUAAUCUGAGACCCUUCUCAGGGUGCCACACUUGGGAUACCCGAAGGGUGGUGAUGAGAGAAUGGAACGGCCCUUCUCAGUGGUAUCCCCAUGUUUGUGGAACAUUUCCUCCCCCCAAAAUCUUGGGUGUUGUAGUUCAUUAAGGGUGCUGAGUACUGUUAGGAGACACACAUGCUCCUUGCAGGGCUACUGUUCUUUGACAAUUAAUCCCUCCUUCCCAGGGAACUCUGGGAAUUGUAGCUCUGUGGAGGGAAUAGGGGUCUCCUAAUAACUCUCAGCACCAUUAAUGAACUACAUCUCCCAUAAUUAUUUGGGGGAAGCCAUGAGUGUUUGAAGGGACAUCAUAGUGCUUUAAAUGGAUGGUGUGAAUGCUGUUUUGGGGGGCUUUGCUGCUUGGUGUGGGGGAAGAGUAUGAAAUGGGGGCGGGGGCGGGGGAGACUGCUCUGUGCUUGGAUGGGCUCCUCUUUUCAAAGGCUGCAAGGCAGGUCACCGCAGCCAGAGGCAGAUAUUGGAAUUCAAUUUAGGUAAACAAUGGAGGCCUCUGAACCCCCCACCCCACCCCCGCCCUCCUCCAGCAGGUAAUUGCUUCCUGGAUGAGAUGGAGUGCAAGCCUCUCUCAGCUCUGAGAGCGGAUAAUGGCCCACCUGACAGAUUUCUCCAAAGCAGGAAUUAUUGUGCUCCUGUGGAUCUCUCUCUCUGACUCAGAAGGCUGACAAGGUUGCGCUUGGCUUAGGCGGAAAUGUAGCUUGCUUUCACAUUUACUGAGGACCAACCAAGAAAUGACUCUUAACCAGGAGAUUGAGGUGGUGGUGAGAAUAAGAGAGAGAGGAGAAGGCAAAAUUUCAAAUAUAUGCAUGGCUGACAGGAGUGGGAGCCUUGUCAGCAUAUUAGACUUCUGCUCAGAGAUCUGUCUUGGUUGCCAAUUUGCUACCGUCCAAGUUCAGGGUGUUAUUAUUAUAUUAUAAAGCCCUUAACUGUUGGGAAUCUUACGUAGUGGCAGUUGUCCACAGAGGCAGCUUAAAGUCCAAAAUAGUUUAUUGCUGCAGAAGAUAAGGCUUCAGUAACACAGUUCUGGACGUUGAUAAAUACAUAUAGCUAGUAGGCUUUGCAGAUACAGAACAUUAAGUAUUUCUAUUGUUGCAACAAUUCUAGACAUUGUACAGACUCGAACUCACUUCUCAAGACUGACCUUGACACACAGCACAAGACACAUGAGCUGACAUGCCUUUAUCACCUAUAGUUAGGCUUGGGCCAUUAACAUAGCAAUUGCCUUGGCCGACCUUGCACUUGUUGGCUUAUCUCAUACAUGGAGUGAUUUAUGCUUAUUCCCUGUUUAUUGAUAUCCGGCAGGUGCCUUGACUGUACUCUUUUUGGUGCCUGCUAAAGACAUUUUUGUUCAGACAAACCUACUAGCCGUGAUGGCUCUGCUCUGCUGCCAUAGUUGGAGGAAGCAAUGCUUCUGAAUACCAGUUUUGGGAAACCACAGGAGGGGAGAGGGCUCUUGCGCUCGAAUCCUGCUUGCUGGUUUCCUCCAGGCAUCUGGUAGGCCACUGUGAGAAGAUCCUGGACCAGAUAGAUGGGCCAUAUGCCUGAUCCUGUAGGCUCUUUUUAGAUUCUUAACUAUAACACUUGAAAUUCCUUGAGCCUUUUUGGAGUCUCAAGAGAGACUUCCUGGAUUAUCUCCUAUCCCUUGAUGCAGACUGAAGCAGCGCUCUCUUAACACUGGGAGCUGCCAUGUAACGAGUCAGGUCCUUGGUCCAUCUGGCUUAGUGUUGUCUGCACUGACUGGCCGCGACUCUCAGGGAAACUCUCCCAGUUCUUCUUGGCAAUGCCGUUGGGGAUUGAACCUGGGGCCUUCUGCAUGCCAGGCACAUGUUCUGCCACUUAGCUUGCGGUACAUCUCCUAUGGAGGCCUGUCUGGUGCAUCAGUCUGAGAAUGUGUCUCUUGCAGCACCCAAGAAAAGGUGUAUCCCCCCAACUUCCGUGUUUCUGGAAGGAACAAGCCAAGGGAGAACUAUAGAGGCAGGUACUGUGUCUCCUUUGUCCAUGGAGUUUUCUCGGCAAGGAUACUGGAGUGUCUUGCUGGUUCCUGCUCCAGGUGGAUCACAUUUGGUCAAAACUCUCCACUAUGACAUGUCCAUCUUGGGUGGCCCUGCACAGCAUAGCUCAUAGCUUCUCUGAGUUAUUCAAGCCCCUUCAUCACGGGGUGCCACUGGGCCCAUCACCUCCUGGCAAAUCAAAGGGGAAGAAAUGGAGGCAGUGAGAGAUUUUACUUUCUUGGGCUCCAUGAUCACUGCAGAUGGUGACAGCAGUCACGAAAUUAAAAGACGCCUGCUUCUUGGGAGAAAAGCAAUGACAAACCUAGACAGCAUCCUACAAAGCAGAGACAUCACCUUGCCAACAAAGGUCCGUAUAGUUAAAGCUAUGGUUUUCCCAGUAGUGAUGUAUGGAAGUGAGAGCUGGACCAUAAAGAAGGCUGAUCGCCAAAGAAUUGAUGCUUUUGAAUUAUGGUGCUGGAGGAGACUCUUGAGAGUCCCAUGGACUGCAAGAAGAUCAAACCUCUCCAUUCUUAAGGAAAUCAGCCCUGAGUGCUCACUGGAAGGACAGAUCCUGAAGCUGAGGCUCCAAUAAUUUGGCCACCUCAUGAGAAGAGAAGACUCCCUGGAAAAGACCCUGAUAUUGGGAAAGAUGGAGGGCACAAGUAGAAGGGGACGACAGAGGACAAGAUGGUUGGACAGUGUUCUCGAAGCUACCAGCAUGAGUUUGGCCAAACUGCGGGAGGCAGUGGAAGACAGGAGUGCCUGGCGUGCUCUGGUCCAUGGAGUCACGAAGAGUCGGACACGACUAAACAACAACAACAACUGUGUCUCCUUGCCAGUCCCUGCACUGCACUCAGAGCUAUAAGGAAAGUGCAGGAUCUCUGUCCAGCGUUGCACCUUUUUGGAAGAAAGAACACAUAAGGCAGAAGCAUCAGAGUAAUGCGCAACAUGACCACAUGUUUGGCUCUCCUCCUCCCUCCCAGUCGCCUUGUGCACCCAGGGCACAAUCAUUUAUUUGUUUGUUUGCUGUGUGUUUCAUAAAAUUUAUACGCCACUUGAUUAUAGAGAAACCUCAAAGCGGUUGACUUUCUGUCCCUCCCCACCCCUGCCUUGCUUCAAGCCUCUGAAACCGAGUCCUGGAUUCACUUUGUAGCUCUGGAAAUGAUUAGAAGACUUGACUAAAUUUAAUGCAAGUGGUGAACCAUUAAAUCGGUUAACAAAGCCAUGAAGCAGGAUGUACAUAAUCCAAUUAAAACCACUCUACAUACCAAGAUAUUCAUCUGCCCAGACGUCCUUAUAUGGUGGCCGUAACUUCUCAUAUCCUAACAGAAAUUCUUCCCUGCACACUGAACAUAUGGCAUCCUUUUGUAUCACCGUUAUAUAAGUGCUCCCACCCACCACCCAAGUUGGCUUUACGGACUUGCAAGUCAGCCUUCCACCCAGAUCGGGGCAAAACUGAGAGGGAGGGAGAAUUUCCAGGCUUUCAACUUGCCCUGCAUCAUUUAACCUCCUUGCUCCCAGGAACCCCACCUUGACCCACAGCAAAUGAAAGGGAUCUGGCACAUGCUCUUUAACACCCCCCUCUCUCCCCUUUGCCCUGCCGGUGAGCCUGUGUUGUGCUACAGAGGUAACUGAUCCCUGUUAAGUGAUCUUGUGUAAUCCGCUGAGAUGAACUUGGGAGGCCGAGGGGACAGGACAACAAGAGGUUCCUAGCUUCAGGCAGCUGUCAUGAGAUCACUUGCAUACUUAUUCCUUGGUUUGUUUCUAUUUUUGAAAAAUGGUAAGAGUUGGAAGGGACCCCCGAGGGUCAUCUAGUCCAACCCCCUGCAGUGCAGGAAUCGCACCUAAAGAAUCCCUGGCAGAUGGCCAGCCAACCUCUGAUUAAAAACCUCUGGUGAAAAUGCAUGUGCGCGUAUCACACUUUUGCUCAUGUUUGUCUCAGCUUACGCAGGUUUGCCAAACACACAAGAUACUGAUAUCAGGCAAACACCUUCCCUGUACUGUUUUGGGCACCUCCUAAAAACAUUUUUUUUUAAAGGCAAGCCUACCCAGAUGUUGAGAAAGUUGACGCGAGUUUUAAUCUGUUUUUAGUUUGUUGUUAUUUUAACCUUUUGGAAAUCUUAAACUAUGGUUGCUAAUUCUUUUUAUUGAUAACACUGUGUAUCUUUUGUUUUUGUUUUUUGCAAACCACUGUGAGGGUUUUAUUUUUUUGCAAUCGAGUGGUAUAUAAAUUUUGUGAAAUAAGUAAGAUUGGAUUCCUUAAAAAGAGAGAAAGUUUAAUAUUACUACAGUUAAUAACCCCCCCCAAAAUUAAUCUGUCCAUAAGUAAAUUAAUAUUAAAUGCAUACUGAUAAAUAAUGCCAUACAAGACCACACUGUUAUGUGCAACUAAUGGCGGGGGAGCUAUCACCCCUUCAUUUUUUAAAAUGGAAGUAGCUUUAACCCCCCCCCACACACACACUCCUGCUAACACACACUGAAGCACUGCAAAGUGCUCCCCUUUCUUGCCACCCUGAUUGUGAGCCCCAAGUGAGUGUGGUUAACUACCUGGCAUUGAGUGUGGCCUGUCCCCCCAGUGCCUGGCUGGGUUUGAUGGGAGUGGCAGUGGAAAAACACCUGGAGGUAGGCAGCAAGUUGACAAAGACUCUCCUAGAGGAAAGGAGGGGAUAAUUAACUAAGGACAGGCGCAAGCUUCAGGUUUUCCAAUGCUCUGGCAGGAAGGCAAAUGCUAUCGGUGCAGUUUUGGCCUUGGCUAGGAUUGGGAAAGUUUGCAUACCUUGUUAUUACCACCACCACACCACCACCAUCAUCCUGGCUUUCAGGAUGCUAAAUCCUUUCAGGGUCGCCGGCAACAAAACAAAAACCAGUGGCUAGGCUGUGCUUCUGAAUACCAGUUGCUGGAAGCCACCGAGGGGAGAGGGUUUCCCACAGGCAUUGGGUCAGCCACUAUGAGAAGAGAAAACUGGACUGGAUGAGCCACUUGAGUGAUCCAGCAGUCUCCUCUUAUGUUCCUAAUCUUGCCUGCAUUCUCUUCUUCUUUUGAUUGGUUUGCAGUUCUUGUUGAAAGUCUCUCUCUCUGUGUCUUUCUCUCUCCUCCCCCUCCCUUCUCCGCAGCCUGCACUUUCACUUGCUUAAUGUUUCAUUUUAGGUUUGAUUCCCCAGGCCUAAAGCCAAAAAUAAACCUGGCCCACGUUUGCCAUUCAAAUCUCGGAAUUCCAGAUUGCAGAGCUUUUAAGUACUGUCAGUAAAACUCAAGGCAAUAAAUGCUUAUCCUUAGCACGUAUCAAAGUGCAUAACCUUUAUACUGUUUCGCCUUUAAAAAACACACAAUGUAAACUCAGUUGUAUCUAGAAUUAUGGGUGUGAUGCCCAAAAGUAAAUAAGCAACUUUUUACAACUUUGUAUUUAUUUUUUUCUUGCAUGAAGGCUUGAAGUACUAACCGUUUCCCAACUUUGCAGCCACUGUCCUUUCAAGCUCAAGUUUUCCUUUCCUUCCUUUUUUGUCAAUGUAAUUGGACCAUCUGGAUUUGAUUUGGUUUUUGUGAGAGUGAUGCACCAGGUCUCGUCGCAGCGCUUCUUACCGUUGGCUUUAUUGCAGCAGCAGCAGCUCCAGGCCCAACACCUCUCCCAUGCGGCCCACGGCCCCCCUGUUCAGCUCCCGCCUCACCCCUCGGGCCUGCCACCACCUGGGAUCCCACCAGUCACGGGGAGCAGCUCGGGGCUCCUGGCUCUCGGGGCACUGGGGAGCCAAGCCCACCUGACGGUGAAAGAUGAGAAGAACCACCACGACCUGGACCACCGAGGUGAGAAGAGGGCAGGCGGGCCUCUGAACCCCUUCUUCUAAAGUGGGUUGUGGAUGUAAUUUCCAUUUAGGAAGGAUGCACCAUCCAUUCAAAGCGCAUGGCUUCCCCCAAAGAAUCCUGGGAACUGUAGUUUAACCCUCACAGAGCUACGGUUCCCAGACCCUUGGAGAACUACAGUUCCCAGAAUUCUUUAGGGGGAGCCAUGUGCUUUAAAUGUCUUGUGUGGACAUAUGCAGUCUGGGAAACUCAGGGGGUGGCAUUAAUGUAGGCAUGUGGUUUCCCCAAAAUGUUUUUGCCUUAAUCCAGGGGGAGGGACUCUUUAUCAGUUCAGGGGCAGCAUCCUCUCGCAGGCAGCCAGAGGCAAGAGAGGGCAGAGUAAUUGGGUGUGGCUCUUUUUGUGCCCUUGGCCCAACCAAACAAAAGGCAGGUGUUUCUACAUGCCCACAGCUCCAUCCUCUUGAGGCAGGAAAAUGCACUUGAGGGAGAGGACAGGAGAGGGCCUGGGAAAAGCGUAACCAGGGGCCAGAUAGAAAUGCAUUGAGGGCCACUCUGGGACUGAAGUUCUCCACCCAUGUCUCAAUCCAUUCCCAGACUAGUGAAAUUCCUACAUCCCCCCCCCCCAAGGAUCUGUGGAUCUCUUCCACCAGCAAAAGGGCUUUUCCAGCCUUCUUCCCUUGACAGAAAACAGCCGUCUAGUUAGUUGCCGGAGAAAUCUCUCUGUCUAAGGACCAACAUGGGAAGGAAAUGGGUUUCUUCCUCCAGAUUUGGAAAGAAACGUGUCAACAAACCAUUUUGCAGUUAUUUAUUUUUUAGUUGCCCCUUUUCCUCUUUGUAUAUCUGUUCCAUUUUUCCCCCUUGUGUGGUGCUGCUUGUUUGGCCCAGUAAUUGUUUGCCAAAAAAUAAAAUAAAAGGAGCGAGGGGGUUGCUGCCGUCUGGGCCAAGAUUCCUUCCAGAGAACAAAGAUGAAAAGGCCAGCGGGGCUUUUUAUCAAGCCAGACCAGAGAUCGCUACGUGCAAAGGAACAGUUGGGUUGAUGUUCUAUUUUAAGACUUUCUCUCUUUCCCCCUGCCUUCCCCACCCACUUCUUUUUGUGCUCCCUUUCAACUCGGCUGCCUCCGUCCUCCGUGCCAACUCGGCCUUCAUUCCUGGAAGAUCGGGACGCCAGUGCAGUAAGUCCCCUUUUCUUCCCCUCUGGACAUCACACCAUCUUCGUAUUGAACGCUUGAUGAGUUUUGCCAUUCCUUGGGCUUGGGCUCUCCUUCCACCAAAUGUCACUGUUUUAGAAACUUCAACUCCCCAGAAAAACGUUUCUCCAUUCCAGAGUCAGGAAUAUCUGGGCUGGGCUGUCGUGGGAUUCAGGCAGGGAACAUUUUCAGCCUUAUCCGGAGACACCGUUGAACAUGGAACUUCAUGCCUUCUGCAUGCGAGGCAGCUGCUGUACCCCUGAGCUUUGGUUCUGCCACUGUUUUCCUUGGAUUCCACUCUGCUUAGACUUUCCCUGCUACUUGGAUGGUCUUGAGAUCAUUGGAUUCAGCUUGGUUGGCAUCCGCUUUUGCCAACUUGGUUUCCUCUAAGUGUUAUGGACCCAGCUCCUAUCACCCCCAACAUCCGAGAUCCCUACUGGAGGGAAGCUGUGGUCCAAAAUACUUGGAGGGCACCAGUUUGGCAAAGGUUGCCCAUAGUGGUGGGAUUCCCUGGAGGGAAAACCACUGAUUUAUGUUGACUUUUCUACUGCUUUUUCUAACCAUUUGGCUGUUGUUGAUAUUGUCUCAACCGUUGCCAACGAGAGCGGUUCAGUCUGAGCUGAUGACCUGGGGGAUUGAGGGGGGGGGAGUGAAGCGAGAAGCCCCCUCAGCAAUUAGGAAGCAAUUUCAUUGCUGGUAGCUGUUCCAUUAUCUUGGGUCAUCUAAUCUUUUGGGAAGGACUUGGGUGAUUAUGUUGUGUGAGGCAGGGACGUGGAAGGUCAGGCAGUUAACUCAGCUUCUUGAGGACGGCGGCCCCCCGCCCUGCUCCCUCGUCGCCAUCCAUCUGGACAUUAAUGGUCCUUGAUGGGGCUCAGCUUCCAGCUACAGUUAUGAGGGCUCCGCUUACUCUUUCUGUGUUGGAAGAGAGGCUGUGAGGAGAGCAGGAACAAAGUGGCCCAAGCCCUCAUUAUCAUCAUCCUUUGAAUAUGAGGAAGGGUGAGGGAGGGGUCUUUGUAGCUAUUCUCCACCUCUCAGCUCUAACUGGAGGAGGGGAUGCCCCUGAGGUGCAAAGUUCCCCCCUUUUUUUUAUUUCCUGCCCAUCUGAGGGACGCCAACGGCCCCUCAGAGUGUCAGACGCCAUGACAGGGUAGAGCCAUGACAGGGCAUGGGGAGAUGGUCCUCAGCAGCCCCUCCCCCGAAAGCUCUCAUGAAGGGGCUGGUGGGGGAGUUUCUGGGGGAUGCAGCUUUUGCCAAAUUAGGGUGAGGGGGGCAGGGCCUUGACACUCAUAGAUCCAUCUCCAGGUUGCUUUGUUCACAUUUCCUAAUUGGGUUGCUGCAGCAGCAAAAAUAUCGAGAUAGAUGUAUUCUGAGGAGGGGAGAUUCUUGGCGGCCUGCCUGCCUGCCUCAGUGCCUCCAGAGGCCCUAAUGCGAUUCUUCCUCGGGAACCGUGAGCCUUUUCAGCAUGACUGGCUGAGAAGAAAAGGCGGCUGGUUGAUCCCCAAAGCAGCUUAUUGGGGAUGCGAGGAGGGAAACAUGAACUGCUGGGCUUCUCCCAUUCAGAGAAGAAAGAAAGGGAGGAUGGGGGCUGGCUUAGAGUCACUUUAUCUUUAGCAAAAGGCUUUUGCCGGGUGGGGGGGGGAAUGAGGGUUGAGUUCUGUGGAGAAACAAAAUGCCUGUAAUUUUGGCUACAGAGGCAGGAGAUGCCAAGAGGCCAGCAGCUGUUUUCAGAAUUGCGUUCUGUGUGCGACAUGCAGUGGCAGUAAAGUUUAAGCCUGAGCUUCCCCCCCCCCAAUUAUUAAUUAAUAAAAAUAUUUGCAUAAAAAUAUACAUCAAAGCAGUUCAGAGCAAUACAAACAUAUAAAGUCAUCACAUACUUGCAAAACUUUUAAAAAGCACAUUUAUUUGGCUGCGAGACAGGAUGUCCUUCGCCAAACUGGCACCCUCCAGGUGUUUGGAACUACAACUCCCAUCAGCCCUUGGCAUCAAUGCUGUGACUGGGGUUGAUGGGUUUCGUAGUCCAGAACACCUGGAGGUGUCACUGGGCUGGGGAAACUGCACUAGGAAGUCUUAGCUCUAGAAAGGGGACGAGGGACCACAAAUCGAAACAAACUCGCUUCUCACUUUUAAGAUUGGUGCACGGUUUCUAAUUCAUGUGUCUGAAACGUGCACACAAGUUGGCUGUGUGCUGUUGUGCUUUUCUGCCUUGGGAUGGUUUGGGGCAGUGGUUCCCAAAAUGGGUGGUACCACCUCAAGGCGGGGCAGGGGGAGAUAAUAACGGGGGGGGGGGGCGCUAAGAGGCAAGCAGGUAGCACAACCCUCUCUUCUUUUUCUCCUUCUGUUCUAGAAUAACUCCAUCUCCCCAUCAGAGAGUUUGAGAGCCAGCGAGAAGCACAGGAAUCCCACCGACUACAGCAUCGAUUCCAAGAAGCGGAAAGCAGAGGAGAAGGAUAGCAUGAGCCGAUAUGUAAGUCUUACAGGUCCCUGUUGUGCUCUCCAUCUGACCUUGUUUUGGCCAAGGACCAUAGAUCUCAGGGCGGUUCACAAAAACAGAACACAUAUGAUAACGGGACAAACCUCAAACUGUGACAAUCGCAAGAGUCACAUCAUAUUUCCCCCCCAAGUGCAAACCUGUCAUCUUGCCAAGGGGCAGUGUAGCUGCAGGACUAAUAAUGACUCAUCCACUACUUUGCAGUAGGCAAAGGGGGUGUCGUCCUAGGCAGCCCUUGCAGGCUUUAAGGAGGAGGCGUUUUCUGUCUUUCAACUGAGUCACUGCUUCUUGUUUCAGGACAGCGACGGUGACAAGAGUGAUGACUUGGUGGUGGACGUCUCCAAUGAGGUACGACAGAGGGUCCCUCUCCCUCUCAGUCUGAAACAAGAAGUCCACAUUAACCUUAUAUGGAGAUGGAGCAGAUUUGCCAGGCUUCUUUUAAGUGCAUAAUCUCUUGAUGCAGAAGCUGUGGGCAUCCAGUGGCUUUACGGGAGGGGGGGGGUCAGGGCUGCAUCCAAAAUGCUCUGGAAAGAGUGAAUGCAGUAUAGAACCCUAGGAUGUCACCCCAAUAGGCAAUUCCCCUCCCCCCGCACCGGUUAGGUCUGUUAUCAACUGUAGAGAGUGAACUUUUCUUUGAGAGCAGCAGCAAUUUGUUUUAUGCUGCUAUGUGCCUCAGAAUAAGUCUGUAAAGUCUCAUAAGUUUGCAAGUCUCUCUCUCUCACACACACACGUAAAUAUGUUUUAGUAUACCAAGUAAAUGUGUUAUGUUAGGGUGUUUUGCGGUCCCCUCCUUCCUACUUUGGCAAAGGGACUCCAUGGUGCCCCUGUUGCUAACAGCCUCCUUGUGUUCCCUGCUCCCCAGGAUCCUGCUACGCCUCGGGUGAGCCCUGCCCACUCGCCUCCGGAGAACGGGAUCGACAAAGCCCGUGGCUUGAAGAAGGAUGCCCCCAACAGCCCUGCCUCGGUGGCCUCAUCCAGCAGCACCCCUUCCUCCAAGACUAAAGACCUGGGCCAUGUAAGUGAAGGCCUCUUGGGAAUGCUUGCUGAGGGUGGACUGUGGGGCUGGUUCUCCCUGGAGGAGCAGAAGUCCAGCUUACGAGCGAACGUAGAGAAAGGCAGCGUUGGUGUAGUGAUUAGAGUCUUUAACCUAGUGGCGCAGCAAUAAAACUGCUAGCACAUUUGCAAAGCCAAGCAGGGUCUGGCAUGGUUUCAAAUUGGAUGGGGGACCAUGUGUUGAGAUUCCUGCAUUGAAGGACUAGAUGAGCCUCAGGAUCCCUUUCAUUUCUACAAUUCUAUGAAACUAGGAACUGGGACAGACCAGGGUUCAAAACCCCACUCAGCCAUUCAGCUCACUGGGUGACCUUGGGCCACUCCCUGCUUCUCAGCCUAGCCUACCUCACAGGGUUGUUCAGGGGAUUAAAUGAGGGGGGCAGGGGAGAACGUUUGCCACCUUGAGCUCCUUGGAAGAAAAGGUGACCUAUAAAUGCAUGAAUCGGACUGUGGAGAUCAGGAGCGAUUCAAUAGACCUGAUCACAUAGAAGAGGGCGUGGUAAUAAUUGCUGUGGAUGGGACCAUUUUUUGCUGUGCAGAUCAUUGGUCCAGAAAGCAGCUGUCGUUUCAAGCCAGUUUAAAGUCAACAGUCUAGGUCUUUGUUUCCCAUCUGUGUGCUGGAGAAGCAAAGAACAUGCUUGCCUUGGGGCAAUAGUUGGGGGCGCUGGGCACAGAACCCCCACCCAAAGGAUCCAGGGAAAUGCUUUACUGAUCGGAACAUGCUUUGAUGUGUAAUGUUUGGUAACUCCUUGGCAUUUGAGAAGAGCUGCAUUGAAGCAAGAGCCAGAACGAAUGUUCAAAAUUUUCCAUGCUUGCUAAGAAGAAAUAUAGGAGAGUCCACAUUUGACUAGAAGAAUUCAAAACUCCAUCUUGGAGUAAACUGAGGAGGGGUUUGAUCAUAGAUUUGAGUUAUUUGAGGUUUCAGAUUUGGUGGGUGGCUCUGCUCAGAGAGUCUUCUUCAUUUCGGGAAUCUCAGCAAAUGCAGAAGACUGACUUUGUUUCAGGAUCCUUCGUAGGAAGAAAGCAGAAAGCCAAACUUGCCAAAAUGUCAAAUGGAGGCAGAUCUCAGAAUUGGGUUCCUGAGGUAGACCACUGAGUCAAACGAUUGGUCCAGCUCAUUCAGUACUGUCUGCACUGAUGGGCAGCAGCCCUCCAGCUUUUCAGGGAGGGGUCUCACCCGGCCCUACCCAGAGAUGCUGCUGGGGGUUGAAUCCGGGACCUUCUGCAUGCAAAGCAGAUGCACUCCCACUGAGCCAAAACCUCCUCCCAAAUUGUUUGUUUGCUAAGAGACCCCACAAGCACUUGUGGAAUCGAUCUUGCUGAUGCCAACCCAUCUUCCCCAAUCUUGUUUUGCACCAGAACGACAAAUCUUCCACCCCAGGGCUGAAGUCCAACACCCCUACUCCAAGGAACGAUGCCCCAACGCCCGGGACAAGCACCACCCCGGGCCUUCGGCCGAUGCCAGGCAAGCCAUCUGGAAUGGAUCCCUUAGGUAUGUGGCUCCCCUCGCAGGGUUGUUGUGCGUGUGGUUCGGGUGUUUACCACUUCUGCCAAGGCAAAGCAAUGUUUGGUGCUAAAAGACUGGCCUAGAGAGGGCAUAGGUUUUAGUGUUUGUGUGGAAUGGACAGGGAACUCCCAGCUUCCUGCUUGUCUGACCCGCCGUUCCACCCCUCCUUCUACGAAUCUGAGCAGCCUGUCACAGAAGAGAAUGCGCAGGCCAGUGGUUAGAAUGUAGGACUAGGACAGAGCUUUCUAAACUGUGUGUCACGGCACAGACACUCCCAACGCUCCUCCAGGGGCCGGAAAGGGGUUAGUUUAACCUCUGGUUUGUUAGUAAAACUGAAAAGACGCAUGUCUAAAAAGUGUGUCACCAACAUGAAAACUUUGGAAAGCUCUGAUCUAGGAGACCAAGGUUCAAAUCACCAGCCAGUGUGGGGUAGUGGUUAGACUGUUGAGCAAGGACCUAAGGCACUGAGGUUCAAAUUACCACCCGGCCAUGAAUGUAAUUGGGUGACCAAGGGCCAGUCGCUGCCUCUCAGCCUCUCCUCCCUCACAGGGUUGUUGUAAGGAUAAAGGGGGGGGGAGAAGUAUGUACAUAACCUUGGAAAGGUGAGAGAUAUAAAUGAGCCAGUGGCCCAUCUAGUUCAGCAUCCUCUUCUCAAAGUGGCCAGAGACCCCAGAGAGAAGCCCCCAAGCAGGACCAGAGCACAAGAGGACUCCCCCCUUCUUUGGUUUCCAGCAACUGGUACUCAGAAGCAUUACUGUGUUCAGCUGUGGAAGCAGAGCAUAGCCUUUAAAGCCCUAAACGGCUUGAAGGAGCAUCUCCACUUCCAUUGCCCAGCCCAGAUACUAAGGUCCAGCUCCAAGGGCCUUUGGGCAGUUCCCUCACAGCAAGCUGUGAACCUACAGGGAACCAAGCAGAGGGCCUUCUCGGUAGUGGCGCCCUCUCUGUGGAACGCCCUCCCAUCAGAUGUCAAACAGAUGACUUUUAGAAGAUCAUCUGAAGGCAGCCCAGUUCAGGGAAGUUUUUUAUCUUUGAUUUUUUGUGUGUUUUUAAUAUUUUGGGAGCCGCCCAGGGUGGCUGGAGUAACCCAGUCAGAUGAGUGGCAUAUAAAUAAAAGAACAACAACAACAAUAACUGUUGUUGUUAUUUAUUAUGGUUACUGGCCACUGACAACUCUCCCCAAUGAAUUUGUCCAAUCCUCUUUCAAAGCCAUCCAAGUUGGUGACCACAGUCAGCGUUUCUUCCCCCAAGUAAUUGAUCCACUCACCCCCCCUUUCCCUUUUUCUCCUUCUCCAGCAUCUGCCCUGAGGACACCCAUUUCCAUCGCCGGUUCCUAUGCCACCCCCUUUGCCAUGAUGGGGCACCAUGAAAUGAACGGCUCCCUCACCAGCCCUGGGGCCUACGCCAGCCUUCAUAACAUCCCACCUCAGAUGACGGCUGCCGCCGCCGCUGCUGCCGCUGCCUAUGGCCGGUCACCAAUGGUGAGCUUUGGAGCUGUACGUAAAACCUUUUUAGCUCCUUUUUCAAUGGGGGGUGGGUGGGUGAGGGGUGGGUUAACUACCAAUCCUGGGAACUCUGGGAGCUGUAGCUUUGUGAGGGAGAUCUCUCUCAGCACCCUUAACAAACUACAGCUCCCAGAAUUCUUUGGGGGAAAGGCAUGACUGUAUAUAAAGUGGUAUUUGAAUGCUUUAAAUUUAGAGUGUGAAAGUGGCCCUAUAUGGGUCAAUGGUCUGAGGCAGUUUCUGAUGCCCCUCUGGGCCUGUUGCCUAACAGGACCUUCCUAGUUUAUCGUUUGCUAGUUCUUCCAUUUCUGGCCCCUGUAGCUCAGUGGUCAGAGCAUCUGCCUUGCAUGCAGAAGGUUCCAGGUUCGAUUCCUAGCAUCUCCAGGUAGGGACCCUGGGGAGCCGCUACCAGUCAGUGCAGACAGUACUGAGUGAGAUGGACCAAUGGUCCGAUUCAGUAUAAGGCAGCUUUCUCUGUGCCAUUUAGUCCAUGUUAUGUUGGUCUGAAGUGCCUGUGGAACAAGGGGAAAGCCCCCACCCCCAGACUUAAGAAUUGGAUGCUCAUUUUUCUGGCCUUGGAGGAGGGGUCUUUCCCUAACUAUCUCCCCUCCUCUCAUGAAAAAAACCAACUGACCGCAAUUCUGUGAGAACUGAAUUUCCACUCCAGUCAGCAGCACUUUGCUGGGUGGUUUCUGUGGGAGCCUGUGAGAGUACAUCUUUGUUUUUCCCAGGCUCCUGAUGUCUUCACUUUUGUCUGGUUCCCAGGUUGGCUUUGACCCGCACCCGCCGAUGAGGACCCCCGUCCUGUCCACCAGCCUGGCAUCCAUCCCCGGAGGGAAGCCGUAAGUCAGACCUUCGACCUUCUCCCCCAAAGCGUUCAGUCCACAAGUCUGAAAACCAAUUGCCACCCAUCUCCAGACAGGGGGCCUACUCUAAGGAAGACCCUAACCCUUUCCUUGCCCAUGUAAAUUUGGCGGCAGGGAAGAGCUCAUCAGAGUGGCUUAAUAUGUCUGCCUGAGUCGUAAUCAGAAUUAAUAAAAAGGAAAGAAAAAGUCUGAAAACCAAACCAGAAAACCUCCCCCCCCCUCCAAGUCUAAAAUAAACAUGCAGGGGAAAGGGAGCCAGAUAGAGGCACCAGUGGAGGUUUUGGGUGCUUUCUUGGUCUAAAAAAAAUGCUGCAAGCACAGUGACGAGGUUUCUGGUUGCAGAAAUCCAAUUCUCCUCAAAUGAAGAGGCAAGCAGGGUUUGAAAAGGGAACAGAAGUGUUGAUGUUCCCGUGGGAUGUUCCUCGUGGUUGUUUUGGCACCAUCCACACUUGCAUAGCAUUGCGACAGUUAGGCGAUGUGAUGUCUUAAUUAAUCCUUGGGACUGCUGCUAAUUUUUGUUUAUUGCCUGCCCUUCACCCUAAGGUCCCGAUGGUGAGUUACAGCAUUAAAACACAAUAUUGAAAAUAAUUUAAAACAAGCAUAAAAAUAAGGCGGGGUGCUAAAAAUGUGCACCUCAAAGGCCUGGGUGAAGAGAUGAACUGAAAACUGUAGAAUAAAGGUGCCAGAGGCCACCUGUGUGGGGAGCAAGUUUCACAGCUUAGGGGCCACCACAAAGAAGGUCAUCUCCUGGAGACAACCAAGAGGGCCCCUUCUGCCAAUUUCACCUCCCAGUAGGCCUGUAGGGAGGGAGGGGGUCUUUCAUAUAUUUGGAGCUUGAGUUGUUUAGAGCUUUAAACACCAAUCCGAGCACCUUGAGUUGUACCCAGAAAUCAAUUGGCAACUGCUAGGAAGGGUGGUCUACACCAGCCCUAGGAGACUGGUGGGGGUGUAGCAGACAAGAGCAUCAGAAGAACCUGGCUGCUGGAUGAAUAGGAUGAUGAUAUUUUAUUAUUUAUAUCCCGCCCAUCUGGCUGGGCAGCUUACAGCAUAUGUGAAAACAUAAUAAAACAUCAAACAUUAAAAAACAGUGUCUUAUACAAUAUAUUUCAAAUACGCAGACUAAGGACUACGAGUAGAAAAGCCAGCAUGAUAUAGCAGCUAAGUGUUGAAUUUAGACUUAUCAUCACCUCUCAAGACUAGACUGCUAUGGUGCAAGAUGCUUUAAUGAAGGGCUGCAAAGAAACCUGAGGAUUAAAAUCAUUCUCUUACACUUCCCCCUGCCUUGGAUGCCUCUGAACUCUGUUACUUAUAUACUCCCUCUAAAAUAGAGGCAUAACGUUUCAUGGAAGCCACUGUCACUAUCAGCUUUUUUAGGGUGGAAAAGAAGAAAUCUAAAUUAGGUUCUGAGACCAGGCCAAAGGGAGCCCAUCUGGUCCAGCAUUCUGUUAAAACAAUGGCCAAUCAGAUGCCUCAAUGGGAAACCUGCAAUCAGGCCCUGAAUGCAACCUCAGUGCCCAGCAACUGGUCUUCAGAGCCCUCAUUCUCCACCACCACCAGUCUCAGCGUCCCUUCCUUUGUCUCCUCCCUAGAGCCUACUCCUUUCACGUGAGUGCUGAUGGGCAGAUGCAACCUGUCCCAUUUCCUCACGACGCCCUGGCUGGCCCCGGCAUCCCCCGGCACGCCCGUCAGAUCAACACGCUGAGCCAUGGCGAGGUGGUGUGUGCUGUGACCAUCAGCAACCCUACCCGGCACGUGUACACUGGUGGGAAAGGAUGUGUGAAGAUUUGGGAUAUCAGCCAGCCUGGCACCAAGAGCCCCAUCUCCCAGCUGGAUUGCUUGGUAAGUGGCGGGGAUGGACGACCCUCCACUCAAGUCCAAGGAGCCUUUGGUCUUUGGGUCCGACUGAGCCACCGAUUGAGGAUUUUCCAUGUCAGCAGCCAGUCUUAGGGAACUCAGCCUGGGUUCUUUGCACCUUCAUUUGUUUCUCCGUGUAUUUUAAUGGAUUUAUAUGUAAAUAAACAUUAUAAAUGCACAUGAACAAUAGCAAUAUUUGCAUGGGUCACAUAUAAGCUUGCUAUAUUUGGAAAUGGUAUAUAUUUCAGAGGACAUUUACCAUGCUCAAUGCAACCUCUUCUUUAUUCAUUUAUAUCAAGAAUGUAAUAAUUUUCUAGGACGAAGAGCCAGAAGUCAACUUUUUGGAAAAAUUGUAUUAAACUUGAUGUAAUUUGGCACUGAUUUGUUAAAAAUUUGGAAAACUAAUCAAUAUUAUUUGGCAAAAAGUGAAAAUGUAAUAAUAUUCUCGCCUCUAAUUAAUCAUGUCUCAAUUUAAAAAAUCAGAUUAUGGUAAUAGAAUUAAUAUUUUGCUCAAGCUGCCUAACUCAGCACCCAAAGUCCAUUUUGCUCUGGGGAAUAUAUAUAUAUUUAAUUCUUAAGAGAACAUCCCCCUAUAUGUAUCUGGAAUGGUCAAAUGUCCCAAAGUUAGCUAGUUGAACUGUGUGGACUCUGUUUGCAUGGAGUUAGAAGCUGGGCUGUUUCAUUGACGUUAUGUUUUCCUGCCCCCAGAACAGGGACAACUAUAUCCGCUCCUGCAAGCUCCUCCCGGACGGGCGCACACUGAUUGUGGGGGGCGAGGCCAGCACCCUCACCAUCUGGGACCUGGCCUCCCCCACCCCCAGGAUCAAGGCAGAGCUGACCUCCUCCGCCCCUGCCUGCUACGCCUUGGCCAUCAGCCCGGACGCCAAAGUCUGCUUCUCCUGUUGCAGCGACGGCAACAUUGCUGUCUGGGAUCUCCAUAACCAAACACUGGUCAGGUGAGUAAGGUCCUGGUGGUAAGGAAGUGCUUUCAAAGAAAUCUUGGGGAGAUGGGGAAGGAGAUUCUGCAGGAAGCAUCUGUCCAAAUGAAACCAAGGGAUUCAAAGAGCUGCAUUCUUGCGCCAUGUUCAUUCACCCUUUGCUCUGGAAGAGUGGGAAGGGUCACAGCUCAGGGGUAGAGCACCUGCUUCGCAUGCAGAAGGUCCCCGGCAUCUCCAGGUCAGGCCAUGAUGGCUCUGCUCUACCUCCACAGCUGAAGACAGCAAUGCUUCUGAACAUCAGUUGUGGAAACCACAGGAGGAGAGAGGGCUCUUGUGCUUGGGUCUAUUGCUGUCCCAUUGAGGCAACUGGUUGGCCACUGUGGGAACAGGAUGCUGGACUUGAUGGGACCCCUUUGGCCUGAUCCUGCAGGCCCUUCUCACAGGGAAUGUCUGAGACCCUGGGGAGUUGCUGCCGGGUCAUGUAGACUACACUAAGCUAGCUGGGCCCAGUGCUCUGACUGACCUUCCUCUGUUCUGAGACUUCUUUUAAGCUUCCUGGCUUCCUAAGUUGUCAUCCCGCCCCCCCCAAUAUGCUCAGCUCAGGUCCUUAUCUGCAACCCGAAUGCAGGAUUCCUCAGCAGCUGUGUCUAUCAAGCCUUCCCUUCCCAAAUAACUGGAAGCUGGAGAUAAGGACCUUUGGGACCCUGAUAGUAGAGGCUUAAAUUCCCCCCUCUCACUAUAACAUGGGAAGCUGCCUUACACUGAGUCUGACCAUUGGUCCAUCUAGCUCAGUAUUGUCUACACCAGGGGUUUGCAAGGCUUACUGGGCAUGGGCUGGAUCACUCCUGCGGAGAUCCUCCAUGGGCUGGGCCAGCGCAGUGCGAUGCCGGAAAUCGUGUCUGCGCAUGUCCGUGGUGCUGGAAAUCACUUCUGCGCAUGCCCAGACGCUGAAAAUUGUGCCUGCGCAGAAGCGAUUUUUGGCAUCUGGGCAUGUGCAGAAGCGAUUUCUGGCACCGCAGACACAAUUUCCGGCAUCUGGACAUGCACAGAAGCAAAUUCUGGAGCCACAGAAGAGAGUCCCCACACCGCACUGCGUUGGUUUAGUGCAGCGCAUGGGGACUCGCUGAGCGGGCAGCUUGGUUCAGGGGCCCGUUAAAUGGCAUCCGUGGGCCACUUCCGGCCCAUGGGCCUUAGGUUGCCGACCCCUGGUCUACACUGACUGCCGGUAGAUCUCCAGGGUUUUCAGUCAAGAUUCUCUCCCUUCCCUACCUAGAGAUUCUGGGGAUUGAAUCUAGGACUUGCUGCUUGCAAGGCAGAUCCUGCACCGGUGAGCUUACAGCCCUUCUCCUAAAUGUCUCUGAAUGUUGGUUUUCUCUCUCAGACAAUUCCAAGGCCACACGGACGGGGCCAGCUGUAUUGACAUCUCCCACGAUGGCACCAAACUCUGGACAGGAGGCCUGGACAACACGGUGCGGUCCUGGGACCUCCGGGAAGGCAGGCAGCUGCAGCAGCACGACUUCACCUCCCAGGUAAGCCGGUGUGGGAUUCCCUCAGCCUUUUCUCCUAGAGGCAGUAGCCCUCCAGGAACUGCCCUGCUCAGGAUGGAGGGCUUCCUUAAGAAGCAACUCUGAAGACCAUACCAAGAUCCCUGCUGGACCAGGCCAUCUAGUCCAGCAUCCUGCCAUCUAGUCCAGCAUCCUGCCCUCUCAGUGGCCCAAUGGGAAACCCGCAAGCAGGACCCGAGUGUAACAGCAUCUCUCUCUGCUUGGGAUGCUCAGAAACUGGAAGCUUUGAGCAGAGAAAAAGCCUGGACAAGGGGACAGACAGCUCAAGAGCAUCUGUUGUGCUCGCUAGCAAAGCUUGGCAGUGUUAUUCCUUACCAACUUUCAUAAUGGUAUCUCUUGGACCUGCAAGCCUCAGGCUGAACAGUCCAGGCAGCCUGAGUUCCUUCCCUAUCUCUCAGCUGGACCUCACACAUGAGCCUUCAUGGGGCACUUUGGGAACUUGCUGCUGAGGUGGAAAUGAUGGCAUCUUUCUGAUGUUGAAAGGAGGCCCCGGUGGAUGGGCCAGGGGAGUUUCUGUGCAACCCCGACAAGGGGAGCCUCUGCUGCUGGGAGCCUCUCCAUGCUAGGCUGUGCUCCAAUUCUGAAGGCCAGGAAACGGGAGCCUUUGCACCCCUAUAUUUACUUUUCCUCCUGCAAUUGCAGACAUCACCCCACACACCCAGCUCCAGGUACUGGUGAGAAUUGACUUGGAGUGCAUUUGUGGGACAGCUGAGCUUUUGAGCAGCUUGAUCCACGGCAGGGAUCUCACCCCAGUAAGUGCUAGAGUUGAAGGAGGAAGAGGGCACUCCGUGCUUGAGAAGGAGCCCUUAAAUAGUUGGGAAACUCUUCUGGAAAUCUGUCUAGGACAACGGUUCUAAAGUGGGGCUGUACCACCCCCUGGAGGGGCCUAAGAGUCAAGGGGGCGGCAAGAUGACACUGGAGGUGUAGCUGGUAUCCCUGAAUCAAGUCCAUCAAUUUUGUCAACUGAAUUAAACUCAAUAGUUUGAACUGGAUUUUGAAUAAAUAUGCAAUUAUUGUUUUGGAUUUUAUUGUGCUAUUACCUUCCUUAGUGGGUUGGGCAAAGUCCUAUUCUGAAUAAUGCUUUUGGUAGAGUAGGGGGCGCUGGGGAUGAGUUUAUAGAACCAAGGGGGUGGGGGCCCAAAAAAGUUUGGGACCCACUGGGUUAGGAGAUGGUUUGAUCCAGACAAGCUGCCUCCUUACCAAUGGGGUGUGUUGAAGGAGGUAGGUCUUGAAUGUGCAGCAGCCUCAGGGCCCUGAGCGGAGAACUCGUCAGCAUCCGGGGGUCAAAAGGCCAGCUGGCUAGCCCCCAGCUGGAUCAUUUCCCUCUCAGUCAUCACGCUGCAGAGCUCCAUCAACCUCUGGCUCUGACGUAAAUCAGCGACUCAAGCUAGCUGACUUGAGCACACUAUACGUAGCAGUGUAAACCGCACAAACAGAAGAGGCUGAGGCUGUGGAUACAUACUAAUACCUACGGAUUUAUUAAUCAUAAAUCAAGACAAAGAAACAGACAUGUGACACGUUACAAUCCCAUGUCUGCUACUAAAGGUGGAAUGGAAACUCCCAACACCCUCUUCCUCCAGUUCCCCAUCUCUUACCAGUGUGCAACUUCUCUUCCUUCCACUUGCCAUAUACAGUGGGAUUGAAUUUUAAAGCUUGAGUGUAUUUGUGUGUCCUCCCAAGCAGACUUCAAAGUGUGGUUGCUUCCUGGAGGAGACGCCCCUUUCAGGCCUGCUCUCCUUUCUUCCCCACAGAUCUUCUCACUGGGCUACUGCCCCACAGGUGAAUGGCUGGCUGUGGGCAUGGAGAGCAGCAACGUGGAAGUUCUCCACCACACCAAGCCGGACAAAUACCAGCUCCACCUUCACGAGAGCUGUGUCCUGUCGCUGAAGUUUGCCUACUGCGGUAAGGGGCCCAGAAUAUUAACGGAGUUAGUUGCCUCUUUCUUGGGGAAGGGUCUGCAGGGUCUGAAAUGUCCCAGAUUCAAUCCUCAGUGUAGCUGCACCAAGAAAGGUCCCCCUUCUCUCUCUUUGAGACUCUGGAGAGCCCUCUGCCCUUUCCAAAUAGAGGGGACUGGGCUUGAUAAACCACAGACUCAGUGCAAAGCAGCUGCCAAAAUGGCACUUGGAUUAUAUUGCUUGCUAAGAGACGAUUUUAUCAUCGUGGGAGGUGCAUUGUAGGGAGCCCCAUAGGGAGGGGUGAAUGCUGGUCUGCUCCUUACCUUAAUUUCUGGGGAGAUUCCUAGUUGGGUGGCAGGAACGAGGUAUAGGAGAGCAACAUCAGAACAUGUCUUGACCUGAUGGAGUGGCUUGCUUUUGUUUAUUUACCUCCUUUCCUUCCAUGGUGGAACCUGAGAUGUGGCUGCUCUUGUGACUUAGAGCAGCCUCUUCCCACCUGGGGCCCUCCAGAUGUUCAGGACAUCAACUCCCACUAGAUCCAGCCAGCCCUAGGAUGCUGGGGCUUACGCAAGUUGUGGUCCAAAAUGUUUGGAGGGCACCAGGUUGGGGAAGGAUGUUAUAGAAUAUGUUGCAGGAGAGUAUGAACCCAUUAUUGUCAUUUACAAAAGUUAGAUCGGAGUGGUGGACAAGGUGGUAAAUUGGAGUCAACCAGUCCAUCUCUGGGUGAUUUGUGGUAGAUCUGCAAGGAUUUCCCAUGGUUUUACAAUGGCAACAAGUAAAUGACUCCCCAUUCCCUGGGAGUAAAUUCUACUUAUGAAGUGAAAGAAGCUUUGGGGGAACCAGGAGUGAAGGUUUUUGUGGGUCCAGUUCAGUUCUAGUCCCCAAAAGCAAAAUCUUGGGCUCAGAAUUAUUUAAUUCCAAGUGUUACGCCUUUUGUACCAUGCCCUGGUUGGUAGACCUUUUUUAUUUCUUUAUAUCCUUAUUAUCCCACUUUUCCUCCAAGGAGCUCAAGGUGACAUACAUAAUUCUCCUUGCUGCUUUACAACAACCCUGUGAGGGAGGUUAAGUGACUGGCUCAAAAGUCAUUAAGUGAGCUUCAUGGCUUAAGUGGGGAUUUGAACCCGGGUCUCCCAGGUCCUAGUCUGACAUACUUAACCACUAUGCCACAUUGACUCUUGGUGGUUCUAGUUAAAAAAAGAGACCCCACAAGUCUUCCCUCUCCUAGGUUAAAUCCUACUGAGAGCUGAAUUUCCUGGUUGAGAUUUUUGUAGGGUUUCUGGGGAUCACGUCACUGGAUUCUGUCACUAUUCUGGCCUCCUUUCUGACCUGGGAGAAUUGAAACUCUGCUUUGUGUGCCUUUAGGGAAGUGGUUUGUGAGCACCGGGAAAGAUAACCUCCUCAACGCUUGGAGGACUCCCUAUGGAGCAAGCAUAUUCCAGGUAAGGGUCAUUCCUGCUACCAGGAUCCAAAUCCUGCCUUGGGUGCCAUCUGAAUGGAAAGAGUGUGUGUGUGUGUGUGUGUGUGUGUGUGUGUGUCUGCACAGAUCAGAUUCUACCAUUCCAUCUUGGUGCCAAGACGCAAGCUGGAAAGUGUGACUUGAUGGGACAGGAAAUAGCACCUCUGAGCACGAGCAGAGUGCUUUCCCCAUUUAACUUGAGUAACCAGAUCGGGGUGGAGUGGGGUGUGAGUUGUUACAGACCUUGGAAGGCAAAGUGGAGCUGAAGCGAAUUGGCUGGGUUGAUAAAGGACUGACGGAAAGGGGUAGGGUUGUAAACAGAGCCUGAGGGUGCAGGAUACCUCCUUGAGGCCCUUGGCAAGCCCUGUAGAUGAGGGGAGGGCUUGAUCCAUUGCAGCAGCAUUGACAGAUGUGUCUGUAGUUGGUCAGUUCUAUCAUCUGCAUCCAUUGGCACUUUCCAGAACGACACAGCACCACCAGUACAGUCUAACCCUGGGAACCCAAACCUUAUUGGGGAACCCAGUUUUAACUCUUGUGUUCCAUUGAGCCCUCACCAUUUCCGCCAUGUUUCUGAUACGCCACUUAUACCCUUAUUGUCUCUGAGUAUUGCUAGAUCUUGACAUGUUGACACCCCUCAGCGUUUGCUGAAGCUGAUUAUAGCCCUGCUGAGUUUCCCUUUCCCUUUCUUUUCCCGCCUCCAGUCGAAAGAAUCUUCUUCCGUCUUGAGCUGCGACAUUUCAGCGGACAACCAGUACAUCGUCACGGGCUCGGGGGACAAGAAGGCCACAGUCUACGAGGUGAUCUACUGAGCCCAGGGGAUUCUGCGGGGCCACCACACUCCAGGCAGACUGCGAUCCGACCAGGCGGCGGUUGGGACUCCAGCAGGCAGAUGGCGAGAGUGCCUGAGCACGUUCCCAUGAUGCUCUCUGUUGUGGAAGCUGCGCCACCUGGCUGUGGGGCGGGGGGAGAUCUUCCAUCGCCCUCUUAGGGUUGCUGCUCGGGUGGCGAUUGAGACCUUGGCGCUUGGUCCAACUGUGCGGGAUUUUGCAAACGUCUUCUCCGGAGACCUCAGCCGGCUUGUGGUUUUUCCUGGUUUUUAACUUCUUGGUUCUCAUGCCUGUGAUCUCGGGGAAGCAAACUCCGGACCAGAUUUGCUUCCCGGCAGAGACUCGUCCUUCUUUGUCUCUCUGUAAGACUUGUGGGAAAUGUAAAUAGCGGACGAGUUUUAAUACGGUGGGGGACUCCUUCUGGCCUCGGGGGCCAGCUGUGUAUUUUUUUUUUCUCCUCUUACUUUGGUCUGCUGUAACUGUAUUCCACUGGGGUUUUGGUUUUUUGGUUUUGGUGGUGGCCAUCCUUCUCCUGCCCCCCCCUCCAAACACUCAUUUGGUAGAGAGACUCUGCUGACCCACCACUUGCCCCUAGCGGGAGCGAAAUUCCCCUCCGACAUCCCAUCUUCUACUGCCGUACCUGUGAAGCAUCCGCUGUCUCUUUUUCCAAGACCCAAGCCCUUGUCUGGAUUGCAACCUUUAGCCGCUGAUGGGCGGCAGCAAUGGAACAAUCACCACCAUCUUCUAUAGGAAUUCUUCUUUUUAUUUUUUAAAAGCACUUGCGUCUUUGGAGCGAAGCGAUGAGAGGUCCGUGUCCGGUUAGGUUUUGGACCCCACCAUGCCUGUCACGUGAGACCUUCAGGCCUAGAUGCUGAGGAAGGGGUUUCAAGAAAGCAACGUUCAACAAUAUGCUCAGGGAGCCAGAGAGAAAAAAAAAGAAAAUAGCAACUUGUGUGGGCUUUUUUAUUUUAUUUUAAACACUCCAAUGAAAGUAAAAGUGAUAGAGAUGGUAACGUUUAAAUGCAGGUUGUUGUUGUUUUUAAAAAGUUUACUAACACGAAGCGAUUUCUGUGCGACGGGGACUGGGGGUGGCGUUGGCAUCUAGUGGGGGUUUCACGUGGCUUUGGUAAAUCUUCCCUCUCCCAGCCUCUUGGAUCAAGUGAAAGUUGGGAGGGGAGGAGGAGGAGGAGGGAGACUCGCCCUCCUGACGUUUUUUGUACUAAAGGAGAAAAUAAGAUUUAAACACGGGAAAAAAUCUACGUAUUUGUGUAGCAGAAGAUCUUGCCCUGUAAUGUAGCAUAUGGAAGAGAAUUUUUAUACCACAUUUUUAUGGAUUAUUUUUUAAUUUUUGAUUUUGAUCUGGUUUAAAAAAAAUACAAAACACUAUGGCUUAAAAGGUGAAAAAAAAACUACCUGUUUUUAUUAAAGGCCAUGCCGGUGCAUAAAGGACGAUGGAGUGG